CGCCCGCCCGCUCUUUACGUGAAUCAGCUGGUUUGAGCGUCCCUAGAAGCCGGCGGGGAGCUCGGCGGCUUACAGCGUAAGGCGCGCGGUUGCAGGUGAGAAGCGGGGGGGGGGGGGUCGGACGCCACACACGCACGCACGCACGCUGGGGGGGGGAGAGAGGGGUGGUUAGUAAAGGAGGACGACGACGACGACGACGACGCCGGGUUCCGAGCGGCUCGCUCGCUCGCGCGCGCCAACUCCCAACCGCCGCUUUAGCCCCCUUUCCCUCCUCUACCCCACCCCUCAGCGCGCGAGGGGUGAGUGAAACUUAAGUCACGUGCUUAGCGCGCGCGGGGGGGGGGAGAGAGCGAUGAGAGAAAACGGACGUCGCCCGCCUCACAUUUGGAACCCGCCUCACCUGCCUGUCGUCAUUGCUCUCAUUGGCACCGUUGCUGUGGGCUGCCAGCCCUUUAAUAAAGCAGCAUGAAAUUUAUUUUCUUUUUUCUGUAGUGGGGGGGGGGCAAGGCACCUCCAUCUAUCUGUUUUCGUUUCCACAAAUAUAUAUAUAUUUGCAUAUAUAUAUAUGCGUUCGUCAUAUAUAUAUAUACUUACGAGGUGAGGUGAGGGACUAUGUAUAUAUAUAUUUAUAUAUAGUCCCUCGCCUCGUAAGCACUGUGGCCUUUUCCCGUCGUGAAGGGAAGGGGAUGUUGUUUCCACUCCCUUCCUUCCUCCAUAAACGUGAAGAGACUGAAAACUAGCAUCAAGUGUGAACCUGUUGAAUUUUGGAGUUCUGUCCUUUUCCCCUCCGCCACUCAGAAUACAGCUUUUGCCUGCCUCUUAGAAGAGCUAGAUAAUGUUUCAUUCUGUGCCUUGCGCAGGUCUUUUGUGUGUGUGUGUGGAAAAACAACUAUCUGGCAAGGUAUCAAUGUGUGAUGGCAUUGGUCUCUCUUACCAGCUGUGGCUUAGGGCCUUUCCAAACAGAGCUUGCUUUUCCAGGGGGAGAUUGUUUGCAGUUUGCUGCUGCUACUGCUUUGCUCUCCGUUGUCGCGGCUAGUGAUAUCUCUGUUCCUGCUUUAUUAAAUGGAACAAGGCCAGCUUUGCUGCUAAGGGAUAGUCUCUCCCCCCCCCCCCUUCAAAUAUAUUUUUGCAAAGAUGUGGAAGCUAGCACUGAGCAGUUGUCCCACGGGACAACUGUGUUUUGAAGGACAGGGACAAAGAUUUGCAAUUAUUUAAAAAUGGAAUGGAGGAUCCCUGAAGAACGCAUGGAACCCUGAACAGGAGCCUACUAUGCUGCAACAUUUUGAUGCAGAUCUCACAGGGUUACGUUCGAAAGUUGCUUCAGUCCUGCCUCACAUACAAUAAGAACAGUACACUGUUCCAGAGGCAUUCCUGCAGCGCCAUGGGUGUAAUAGUCCUGGGAAAGAAGCAUUUUUCUGCAACUGCAGCUACUGGAGAAACUGUGAUUCCUUCCCACUCCCCAUGGAAGCAUUUGCUGGUCUGAUGUCUUGACUGAUGCCAUUCUCUUCAAGGGCAGCCAUAUUGUUUUGGGAAUGAAUGCCAUACAGACCUGGGAGCCAUUAAAACUAAACAUCAAGUAAUAUCCAGUCUUACCUUCAAGGGAAUGAAAACUGGGAUUGGAAGUGUUUACAGUACAAGCUCCUUAAAUUGUCUGCAGUUGACAUCGAAUUGCCUUAAGAAUAAGAGUUCUGAUUUUCAAGAUUGGCUCCCAUAAUGGAGAAUGUGACACCUUCUUUAUUUAAGGGAGGCUAGUGGCACCUUCAUGUUGUAUCCUGUUUUCUUUUAUAUUGCUGAAUGAGAUGUUCAUGGGAAUAAAGACAUGGUUAAAUGACCAGUCAGCAGUUUUUGCUUAGUUUUUAUUUCGGUCUGAAGACAGGGAUGGGAGGCAAUUUCCUUGCGCAGCAUUUUAAAAAAGUGUAUAGGGAAGUGGCCAGGAAAUGGUGAAGUCUUGCAUCUUUAAUUCUGGAAUAGUGUUACACAACUGCAACAUUUGAAGAUCUUCCAGUAGUUUACAUGUCUUGCUCUACUUGUUCUAAUGUUUGGUUACAUUUUCUAUAACUUUUUUAAAAAAUUGCAUUAAUUGUUUCUUUAAUCCUGAAUGCAGUUUGCCUACUUUCAUUCGCCAUGGGUUUUGCAUUCUCCAAUGUCAAUGCAACAUCAAUCAAAUUUACUCAUCUAUGGGUUCAGCGGGGCUUAACUUUUAAAAUGUGUACUUCAGGAGUCCAGCUGGGCAUUCGUCCCAAGGAAAUCUCUUCUGUGGGAGAGGAACAAGAGCUUGUGGUGGCCAUGAACACAAGUGGGAACCCCUGGAGCCAACAAAACUUGUGCUAGUAGCCUCGAAUGGCACCCCGUUUGAGGAAGUGGAAAUAUUGGAUGAUUCUGCAGCCUCCUUCUGGAUUCUCCCACAACUUCCCCAAGAGUGGUGUGUGAAAUUGGAAGCCCAGAGCUAGCUACUUGGGAGGAAGUGAAGCAAGUGCGGGCACUUGAACUAGAUUAAGCACCUAUGAGAGCUAGGAGGAGUGGAGUAAAGCUGCUGUGAGAAUCCUUUAGUUUUUCCUGAGAGUCACAAGUAAUUGAACUGGUGCACUGUGCACUUAUUAGAUAUGCUAGUUGGUUCCUGCUUGUUGUCUUUAUUCUUUUUAUAAUGUGGUACUGGAAGUUUUAAAAAGGCCUUAGGGGAAUAUGACACAAUUUCAAUGUUCAGGUGAUGGUUCUGUGUGCAACACUUCUUUUAUCAUCGAAGCAGUAAGCCAACAUGAAAGAAAAUAAGCAGACAUUCUCUUACAAAACAAAACUAAAAUUGGGUUUAAAAUACAGCUUCACAAACGUAAUGAUGAUCACUAGUGUGUAUCUUGCCAGAGGCAGCAGAAUAUAGAAGUACUGGGAAUAGGCUGGGCUGACCUCACUGUGCAAACACUACAGUGACACAGAGCAGCAAUAUUUAGGAUUAAAAUCCAAGCAUUUGAUAAAGUAGACUAAUCUACAAAAGCUUUGUACCAGGCAUGGCCAAACUCGGCCCUCCAGCUGUUUGGGGACUACAAUUCCCAUCAUCCCUGACCACUGGUCCUGUUAGCUAGGGAUGAUGGGAGCUGUAGUCCCAAAACAGCUGGAGGGCCGAGUUUGGCCAUGCCUGCUUUAUGCCAUACUAAAUUUGUUAGUCUUUAUGGUGCUACAAGAGUCUUUGUUUUGGGUAAUAUAUACUUAAGCAGCUAAAGUAUACAUGCAAGGCAAUGUGAGAUCAUUAGUAAAUAGUUUUUUUUGUUUUUAACCAUCCAGUAGAAUUGUUUCUCAUAUCAGAUUUUUCUAAAUGUUAGUGUUCUCACAAGUAAGGAAACAGAGACGCUGAAUUAUAGGGAAAUUCUGUUGCUUCUUGCCAUGGCAUGUGUUUAUGGCUGCACAGCAGCAGGAUAUGUGUAUCAUGAGGGAAGAGGUAACACUUGUAUGGUUUUCUUACUUUUAUCAUGGCAAGGAGCUGGGGAGGGGGUUCGUACAAUGCACGCACAGUUCCAGCUUUGUAAGUAUAGUCCUGUAUAUGGAAGUGUGAGAAGCAGCCAUGGAUGUUGUUCUGCAACUGUGUAUACAAGAGAGCUCUUGAAACUGAAAACGUAUGUUAAAAACUUGCUUUUCCUAAGGAAAGAAAGUGUUGAAUAAUCACAUCUUUUUCCUGAGGGCUAUGACUGUCCUAAUUGGACACUUUAACAGCUGGUCAUAAGAGUGGUGCUAGCUGAAAAGGUCUGUUUUGAAGGAGCGUUCUUUUAAAAAACUUGCAGUGAAAAGGCCUUUCAUGAAAUCUGUGGGCAGAGUAAUUCUGUUGAGCUUUUGUUUCUAUUUUUUUUAUGGCAUAGCAUAGAAACUUUUACGCAUUCCAGUCUUCUGUAGAUGUUCAAAGCUGAGGUGACCUCUUUUUUUUUGUGCUUUCUUGCACCAUGUGGGACAGUAGUGUCCAAACAUUUUUCAAAGAAGGCCAAAUUUGAUGAAGUUGAGGGCCAACCAAAGUGGUUAACCUUUUUUUAGGAUUGAAGUUGUUAAGCUUUUUUAUGAUUUUAACCCAGGAAAUAAACUGCCACAGGGUCCAGAUUAAACCGACCGGUGGGCCGGAUUAGGCCCCUGAAACGGACUUUGGACAUGCCUGAUGUAGGAAAUGCUUUUCCACAUGUACUGCUAAACGUGUGUUUUGCUUUCGUCUUAACAGUUCCGAUCUCAAAGAGGAAUGAUUUGGUAAUGGCCUGUUCUUGCUGACUGAUGGACCCUAAAGAAGAAAGGUAAGCCUAUUUGUAUUUGAUGCUACAUCUAGACAGGUGGUGCAAAAAAAUUCAAACUAAUAGAAUGUUGGAUGCCAGCUUGUAGAUAUCCACUUAUCUGUGACAAGGAAGAAUCGCCCUUAGUCCAGUAGGUAUGGGGCAUCUUACAAAUUGGAAACAAGUGAAUAUUUCAGACUGUUGAGGUGGCAAAAAUGGCUACCUGUAUAUAGGCAGGCAGAGUAAAAGCCUUUUGCAGGCUAGUAAGAUUUCUGAACUUACUCAAAAAUCUGAUUUAAUAUGCUUUUAAACCUGUAUAACAUAUUAAGCUAAGGAAAUAAUAAUUGAUGGUAUUCCAGCACACCUAUUUAAACUCUGACUCUUCCUUGGAACCAGAGGAUAGGUAAAAAGGAGAACAAAUAGCCAUUUUUGGUUCACAGCAUUUUAAAGUAUAAAAGUUUGCUUCUAAUUGUUCCCAGUAGUGAACAGACAGACAGAGAUACUGGCCCAAAGCCAUCCAUUGAGCUUAAUGGUUGAGUGGGAGUUUGAACCUAUGUCUCCCUGGUCAUUGUCCAGUCACUAUCAUAUAAUUCGCACUGCAGUGCUUCCCUGUCUUAUCUGUACAAGGGAUACUGAGAAUAGGCAUGCUUUAAACUUACGCAGACCGAUAUUGAGGGUGUGCAAACAUGCACUUAAGAUUUCCUUCUACUGGUGUUUGGUAUUUAACAAUGAGUUGCCCUCCUUGAUAUUACAUAUGGAUAAAACCUGCAUUCUGAGAAUAAGGGCAGCUGAUGUAUCAUGCAUAUGUGCAAAACAAUUUCCUCUGAAUUAAACUUGUGUAGACUUUAAAUUAAUCUUACAUUAUCAGCAUUUUAUUUAUUUUGCCACAUAGUUCAGCAGACCAAGAGGGAGCGCGAGAGAGAGGCCUGGUCUAUACGUGGCAGGCUGGUUGCUGUUGUCCAGAUCCUGAAAGACUUCCAGGUUGGAGUGGAAAGAUAGUGUUGCAGGCAGCAGUUGGCAUAAACCAUGGUGUGCUUCUCUCAGAAGGUAUUGUCCGAAGAGCAUUAUUUAAUAUUUAAGAUAAUAAUAGUUUUUGUAAAAUGAAAUUUCAGAGUUAUUGAUUUUCCACAAUUGCAUUUUAUGAGGAUGGAAACGCGGUGGUUUUCAGUAUUUAAAAAAAUGUAUUUAUAAUUGCACAUUUGGAUUAUACCUUUGUACCUCUUCUUAAUGAAUUUGGUAUAGCCAAAGAAAGGCAAGAACUGAGCCAUGCAUGUUCUUGUGAAGAAAGAUGAUGUCAAAACUCUUAAAAAUUUUAUUCAAGAUUUUUGUCCUAGAUGAAUUCUUUCAUAUGUAGGACCUUGCUUCGUGGGCAGAUUUCUCUGUAAAUUUGCCUUUAGAACCAAUGAAAACUAGCCUAGUAAUAGCCUAGUAAUUGUACUGUAUUUUCAGUGUGUGUGUGUAUUUGUUUCAGAUGGUGAGGUUUACAGUUUUGGAAAGCUUCCCUGGAGGGUUGAGUUGGAAGAUGCUUAUAUCAGCUGUCCCAUCUUGGAAAAGGCUUUGAAUGGACAACAUGUUGUUACAGUGGCAGCUGGCAGCUUCCAUUGUGGAGCAGUGACUGAAGGUGGCGACGUGUACAUGUGGGGUGGAAAUUCUGCCGGCCAGUGUGCAGUGGCCAACCAGGCCUUUGUGCCGGAACCCAAACCCAUCAGUAUUUCUGACUCUGAAGCUAGCCAUCCCUUGCCAAUACGGAUUUUGCAGCUGGCAUGUGGAGAGGAGCACACCCUGGCGCUCUCCCUAAGCAGGGAGAUAUGGGCAUGGGGAAGUGGCUGUCAGCUGGGGCUCAUAACCAACACUUUCCCAGUUACCAAACCACAGAAGGUCGAGUACCUGGCAGGCCGCGUUGUGCUUCAGAUUGCAUGCGGAGCCUCUCACAGCCUGGCUCUUGUGCAGUGUCUCCCUACUCAAGACAUAAAGCCUAUUCCAGAGAGAUGCAAUCACUGCAGCCAACUCCUGAUCACCAUGACCGACAAAGAAGACCAUGUCAUUAUCUCUGAUAGCCAUUGCUGUCCAUUAGGGGUGGUUCUAGCUAACUCCCACUCGGAAUGCCACAUCUCUUGCUCCUCGCUAGAAACUCUAGAGAGGAAGAGUAUAACAAGCAGUCAAGGUGACGAUUGUCAGAAAACGCUUACAGAAGACCAGGCACUCGCUGCCGCAGAGUAUGAUGCAGCAAGUGUGUUUUCAAACAGCGAUGCCCAGGAAGACAGUGGCAUUUCUAGUCCAGGAAAUCUCUUGAUAAUGGACAAGGUGACAACAAAGCAGCACUUGGCAAGUCUUCCGGAUCAUCCGUUAAAUGAGAAGCCUAUGGAUCAGCAACCUGAGCAGGUACCCACAGUCACUAGGCUGUGCUUUCAUUGCUGUAUGAUCAUGCUGUCCUGCAAAGUUCUGAUGAUUCUUGAGAAUGUGACUUUAAAUGGGAGCUAUGAUUCUGAAGGAGGCAUAGCUUCCAUCUUCCCCUUAAGCUGCGGUCAAAAGCCCGCACAAUUUAAACAGUAGAAAAAAUACAAAAGAAAAGCAAGAGUAGCAGAAAAAUAAAUUCCUCUUCUCCCAGGCUUUUGACAAAUUAAACAAUAUAUGGCCUUUUAAACUGUGUGGGGUUUGGGGAUUAUUGUUUUGUUUAUUAAAUCAAAAGGUCCUUCACCUGGCACUCAAAAUGUAGACUUGGUGUCAAAUGAGCCUUUUGGGUAAGUGCAUUCCAGAGUCAAGGUGCCACAACUGAGAAGACCCUGUUAUUUGUUUUCAUCAAACUCACUUCCAGAGGCAGACUUGGAGAGGGGUCUCCCAGAAACAUCUUAGUAGACAAGGGAGAUUCAUGCAGCGUUUGGUAUUGGUUCUUUUAUUAUGAUCUGAUUGACAGCAGUUAGCGUUAUGGAUGUGUUCUAUAGAUUUGUGCGGAAUUUUUAACUCUGGUUGUUUGGUGUAAAGCAGGAAAAUAAAGGACAAAGUUCCCCACAACUUAACGUGGGCUUUACAGAGGUUUAAUGGCAGAACCUGUUCUCAGUACUGUGACUGAAUUCUGGGGAAAUGGGGAGUGCCUUUCCCUCACCUCUAAGGGGAAAUGGCUUCAUGUUAUAAAUUAAACAUAGACUGUGAAACAUACUGUAGUUUCUUUUCUCUUGCUUUGUAUUUUGAAUGCUGCUGAACUCUAUGCAAGACUAAGCAGUGAAUCUUGCAUAUGCUUAACACAUGCUUUGUGUCUACCAAGAGAGACAGAUUGUUCUGUGGAUGUGAAGCAAAGAUUUAAUUCAUUCUUUGUAUAUUAGCAUUGUUUUCAGUGUCGGGCAACUUCUGUUCUGUGGAUAGUUUAUACCAAAGAAGCAUUUGUUGUAGACACUUCCCCCAUGUCUUUUUAUUAAAGAAACUGCCCAGUAUCAAAGAAGAUCUAUAUAUGCUGCACAUUUAUUCAGCAUUUUUCAGUAAUACCUCUGGUUACGUACCGUCCUCCUUGCGAACGCUUCAGGUAACGAGCUCCGCUAACCUGGAAGUAGGUCUCCUGGAAGCGAACUUUGCCCUGGGAUGCGAGCGGAAGUCGUGCGCAGCGGAAGGCCCCAUUAGCGAAAGCGCACCUUAGGUUAAGAAUGGUUUCAUGUUAAGAACGGACCUCUGGAACGAAUUAUGUUCAUAACCAGAGGUACCACUGUAUAAUCUUUACAGGACAUUUUGUAAUAUUUACAGGAUUCCUACUAAUGGGAAGUAAUUGCCUGUUCUGUAAGCAUUAAGGUGUAUUUGUUUACAAGAGUUCUUACUUCUUUACCAUAAGGUCCCAGUGCCGGUUACAACAAUUUCAUAUACAAUUAUAAAAACAGAUGCAACCUUUACUAUAAUAAAACAAGUAAAGUCAUUCCAAAUGGAAAUAAUUGUAUAAAUUUAACAAAGGAGGUUAGUCUCACAAUAAAGUCCACUGUGUAAGCAGCACCAUAAAGAUACUGUGCAUCUUCAGUCCACUGUUUAAGCAGUACCAUGAAGCUGCACCUCUGUGGGGAGGCAAUUCCCCCAUUUAGCAGCUUCCACAGAAAGUUCUCUUCCACUCUCGUAAGGGUAGUGGAAUCACCAGGAGUUCAUUUAGUGCCAAAAGUGGGAGAAGCAGAAUCGAUUCCUCAUCUAAAUUGGCCUGUGUCAUUUGGUUGCUACUCUGUAUCAUGGGAGGUUAAGAUGAUGUCUGGUUGUUUCCUUUCUUGAUAAUCAACAAAAACCCAGGAGUUCAGUAGUAAUGCUCAAAACUAGUUUUUUUUUUGUAUUCUGGAUACUUUUGUGCUGCAGUGUUAGGUGGCGUGCCAAUCUUGAUUUUUCUGUAAUGAAAAGAUCACUGUCCAAGCAGUCUGUGUCUAAAUAUUUCCCGUUUGGCUGUAACAAAUAAAAUUAUGCUGACUUUUCCUGUGACUAUGGUCAAAACAGCCCUGCUUUGUGAACAAGGCAUUUACCCCUUUUUCAGUUCAUACUACAGAGUCUUGAACUGCUGUUCUGUGUGCAGUUGAGAGCUUUUUCCGGUCAGGGCUGCACAUGUGCAGUUGACUACAUAUAAAGGGCACUGAAGUUUAGUUCCCAGCAGUUCUUGUUUUUCAGCUUUGGCAUCCAGCUGAGAAUUUAGAGCUCAGUGUUCCUUAGCACUUUCUUCUGGGUGGGGUGGGGGGUUGGAAUUGCACACGUGUACUUCAGAAAUUGUUGAGUGGUUGUUGUUUUGUUUAAGCAGGACUACUUUUAUAAUCACUUGAAUCAACCACCAGAAAUUGUUUGUGAUUUUUAUCCUGUAACCUAGAUGUAGGGAGCCUUUGGCCCUCCAGAUGUUGCUGGACUACAACUCCCAUCAUUCCCUGGCCAUGGGUCAGGUUUUCUGGGGCUGAUGGGAGUUGGAGUUCAGCAACAUCUGGAGGGCCAAAGGUUCCACACACCAGCUGUAUCUAAAAACCUUGAAAACACAUCUAAAACAUUUCUCUAUUAGAAAAAGGAAAAAUCUUUCAGGAUAGGAUGUACAUGUGUCCAUGUCAGGCUUGGCCUGAGUGCCAAGCCUUGAAAAACCUCUCAAAAUCCCAAGCUAAGCCCAGUCAUAGUCCAGCCAUGGUUACCUUCUACGUGUAGUAUAUACUCCUGGAACUGGGCUGACCCUACCAUUAGGCAUAGUGAAGUGGCUGCCUCAGGCAGCUGAUUGAUAGAGCAAUGGAAGGGACAGCCAAAUCUUAGUUAAUGCAUCAUUGUAUUUUUAAUGCCAAAGGGGCGGAGGAGUGCUUCUGAGACUUUUUGCCUUGGGUGCCAGAAUAGCUUACUUGAUCUUGGAUGCUGCACACCUUGACUUAGGGAGAGGGGAUGUUUACUGCUCUGCCUCAGGCAGCAAAAGAUCUUUAGGCAGCCCCGUUCUAGAGAAAGCUCUAAAACUACAUUCCUACAAGCAGCCCAAGACUUUUAAAUGGGGAGCUAUCAGGGAGUGCAAUCUCAUGAAAAUAAGCAUUAGAUGGCCUUUCCCCCUGUCUCAGAUUAGUUAUGAGGAAAUAACCCACUUUAUCUAGAAUAUCCUUGGAAGAUAUAUUUCCUAACCCAGUUGUUAGGAAACCUAGUUGUUUUCUGACCUAGUCUCCCUUGAAACAUAAGAUACAGCAUCCUUAGACUCCUAACACGUCAUAUUAACACACACACUGUCCAAAACAAAUGAGGUAAACAAGCAUAGUGUGUGAGUACUGAGAAAUAGGAGCCCUGCAGUGAGUGAAGAACUGCAUACAAAAGUAAUGCUACUCUUUGGAGAGUGUGGAAGAAUGCUUCACAAUUGCACAAUUGCUCUGAAACGAAUUCAGAGACAUAAUUUCACAGUUGUUGUUUUUUCCUAAUUAAACUUAUGCCAUAUUUUCUUCUAACCUGGGUCUGAAUCUUGUACAGCCCUUGAAGUAUUGAUCCUUGGCUAACUCACUUCAUUAUUGUUGUUAUUAAUGUUUUAAAUAAGCUAGUGACUGCAAUAGCUGGCUUUCUAAUAUAAUUGCAUUUAUUAUAUUUAUAACCUGCCCUUCAGCCACAAGGCUUUCAGUGUGGUGCACAGCAUUUCAUAAAAAAUAUAAAAUAAAACCAUUAGACACCCCAAAGCACUAAUUCAGCAGCAGAGAAACAGAUUCUUUCAGCUGAUCACUUCCAUAGGCCUGAAGGAAAAGCUGUCUUAAACUGAGGUCAAAAAAUUUAAUGUGGGGGGCGACCAUAUCUCCAGCGAACAGACCUUUACUCUAACCAAAUAUGUAGUGUUAUAAACAAUGUAAGUCGAAUAACCAAUCCUCAAUUCAGGCUUGAAUAAAAUUAUGAAAAGUACACAUGCUCAAUAUGAUUUUGGCCUGGUUUGCAUUGCACAGUCAGCCAAAAAAAGACUUACUGGAACUGCGCGAACAUGCAAGCUCUUAGAAAGGAGCUUGCUUGCAUUUUGCUCUUCCUGGUUCUACUUGCUCCCACACUGAACCCAAGUCCCUCCUCACUAUGAGCUGUAGCCUUUUGGCCAAAACCUUGUCUUAGCUCCUUUCAGUGUGGGACCAAAAAGAACCAGGGAGGAGCGAAGCAAACUACUUCCCAAGAGCCCUCAUGUUUGUACAGUCCCUGUAAGCCAUAGUUUGGUUUACCUGGUCAUGCAAACCAGGUUUGGAUGGUAAUCAAGCAGAGGAGUAGAGGUUGUGAUCUUAUUUUAAAGCUUCCUUACUCUGGGUUUGCUUGUUCUAAUUAGAUUUUAUGGGGUUUCUGUUACUGUAUUUCCAGCACUCUCAAGAAGAGGACCUCACUGCUUGCCUACCCAGUCCACCAGGUCCGGGCACAUCUGCCCUUAACAGCCUGGUAGUUUCUUGUGCAUCAGCAGUUGGCGUAAGAGUUGCUGCUACGUGUGAAGCUGGGGCCUUGUCCCUGAAGAAGGUAAUGAACUUCUAUGGCACAGUUCCAGGUGACACAGUAUCCCCACCUAGCGCUGGGUCUCCAAGCCUGGAUGGGGUGAAGGACAGCCGAGAGGAGCAGGUCAGGCAGGAGUCAAUGCAGGGAAAGAAGAGUUCCAGCUUGGUGGAUAUUCGAGAAGAGGAAUCCGAAGGAGUCUGUCGAAGGCUUUCCUUACCUGGUUUGCUCUCCCAAGGUGAGAUGCUCACAGGUGGUUGCAGCGUUGUACAUCUUGGGGAUUUUGGUUCUUUCUUGAUGUGUAAUUUCUGUGUGUGACAGGGCACACAUAUUUUUCCUUACAUUGAUUGUCCAUCAUUUUUAAAAAAAUGCAUAGUGUUACUUUGUUCUUGUUUAUUAAGCUUGUUACUCAUUUUUACACAAGCACCUCAAAGCGGUUCACAAAUAUAGUAAAAUACACAGUGCAGUAUGUAAAAGCCAAAAUAAUUAAAAGCAAAGCACAAUGCAAGGUAAUAAAAUCAUAUAAACAACUCAUCCAUCCCCUGCAAUAGGUCUAAUCACCACGUUGAGCUCCAAAAGAUACAUAAACACACACAAAACACCAACUGCUGCAACCUGGACAUCUUUCAUAUAGCUGUAGAAAAAUCACAAAAGCUCCUCUUUAGGGGCUGCAAGUGCAAAUACUGCCACUGCUAAGACAACUGUUGAUCUCAAAAAUGUGGUGCACUAAUAACAGCAGUGCAUGAAUUUUUUAGAUCAGCAGUUGCCUUAACAGUAAGAGUUUUUUUCACUUGCACCCCUAAAGUGGAGCUUCCUAACUUAAGGAACUCUUGGGACAAGUGCAGUCUAAGGGCAGGGGGCCAGGAACUGCCCUCUUGUAUUCUGCACACGAUUAUUCAUUUAUGCAGCACUUUUAAUUUGCAGAGUGCUUUAAAAUAUUUACCCAAGCCUUGCGUUAUGAAUUGCUAAGGCAGGUUGACAAUCAAUUUGGUAAUCCAUCUUGUGCCGGAAGUGAAAGAGGAAGGAAGAAAGCUACUUAACAUUAUCCCUUUCCUACCUAAAGCAAGUUUUUAUGUAAAGCAGAGGUUGCUGUAAAAGUAUUGAUGCAGUCUCCUGUGUUUGCAACGUUCCUUAAUGUUUCCCUUUAGUCUUAAGCAUGUAGUAGGUAAACAAGAGGUCUAAUAAUACACUACUGCCCUGACGCUUGUCUCUGAAUUCUGUUUCUGCAAACGAGGAGUGGCAUUUCAAACCUAGGAUAACCUAAGGCAAGGUUUCUCAUACUUGGCUCCAGCUGCUGUUGGACUAGAACUCCCAUCAUCCAGUGGUCAGGGAUGAUGAGAAUUGUAGUCCAAAAACAGCUGGAGACCCGGGUUUGAGAAACCCUGCCUUAAGGGAUUAUCUAGGUUAGAAUUCUUUUUCAGACACAGAGCUAACUACCAUGGAAAAUGACCAGCCGUCAUCUUCCCUGAAAUUUGUAGAAGACUAGAUUGUUGUUAAGCUGCAGUUUCCUCCUCCUUAUGUGGCACUUAGGAAGUAUGGUGCAUCUUCUAUCCUCACAAUCACAUUCCAUUCUCUGAGAACAAAAUGACAGAUCUCAUUCAAAUUAACUACCCCGUGCGCUCUGAGCUACAGGUGUGAGUUGCCCUUAAGUGUAUGUGUCUGUGUUAAUCUUGGAGUUUAUUUUGGAUUUGUUGACCUGGAUUGACAGGGUGACAACUUGAAGGUACUGCAAGGUGACAUAUUGCCUUUUCAGUUUAAAAUGAAACAACACUGUUUGACCAAGCCAUACUUGUUGCAUAUUGCUUAGUCAAGAUCUUCAUAACAUCCUGAUGUUCCCAAAUGACUUUGUGAAUCAGCCCUCUUUGUUUGACUGAAAUAUUUUAUUUUAGUGUCUGUACACUUUUUGUUUCCCGUGUUAAAAGUUUCUCCAAGGCUCUUGAGGAAAGUUGGACGAGCCAAGAUGAGGACCGUGGCCCUCACACCAACCUACAGUGGUGAAGCUGACGCCCUUCUCCCAUCUCUGCGAACAGAGGUGUGGAGCUGGGGUAAAGGAAAAGAAGGGCAGCUAGGACAUGGUGAUACCCUGCCAAGGUAAGGUUUCACUGAGGAAAUCUGCUCCAUGCCAAUAGGCAGUGAUAUUUGGGGUUGAUCUUCUAUAGCUGUUUGACUAUGUUCUGUUGAAUGCUUCAUUAUAUCAUAGAAUCAUAGAGCUGGAAGGGACCCCAUGGGGCCAUCUAGUCCAACCCUCUGCAAUCAUUAGAUGACAAACAAUAACUUGGGAUCAAGAUUUGCUUGAUAUUUUCAUCUAUAAUGCUACCAAUACGUUAGAUGCAUUGAAAUAUUUCUCCUUAUUAAGCCUAUGGAAUAUAUCAUUUGUUGUGUGUAGAUUUCCUGUGUGCUUACCUUGUGGGUCCUGAUUCUGUUUUGUGGGUUCAUAGGCUCCAGCCACUUUGUGUAAAAAGUCUUGAUGGGAAGGAAGUAAUUCAUUUGUCUGCUGGUGGCCACCAUUCCUUGGCACUCACUGCCAAAUCGCAGGUAUGAGGGUGAAAUACUGUUUGCUUCUUUUCCAAGGGGUUAUAGUGGGAUCUGCUUGUUUUUCCUGGGUCAAACUCUCAUUUCACUUUUCGGAAAAAGAAACUUGAGCAGCACGCAUAAUGGACUUCGGGGCCUUUUUACAUAGGUGUAUAUAUUUUGUAUGAAUGUGUGCAUCUGAGCUUAAACUUUUUUAAAAAAGCAUGCACAUCUAUUUCAAUACUUCUCCUGAAAUGUAGAAAAAGAUUGGUGUACACCUCUUCAAAAGCAGAGGUAACUAGCUAGUGAAUUGUGUAUAAGAUAUGAACUACCAGAUGACAUUUGUUCUGGCUUGUCCUCAUGCCUCAAUGUUUUUUGGGAUCAGCGCUGGUAUAAUUCUUCCCCUGUAUGAAUGCGCAGCAGCAAGGAACUUGGAAAUGACUGGCAGAUAAGGAACAGUGGCAGAAAUGCCAGGAAAUAGAGUGGCAGUAGUUUAAAGGAGGGGGAGGAAGAGAAGGAGAGGGAGAAAGGGGAUAAUAAGAGAGAGGCUGGACAUGAACAAGAAUUUCCCCCAACACCUAUAAUAAUGAAGGGCAGAGUGGGAAGAGAUGGAGACAGAAAGUCAAACAUGUGCAAUAUAUCUGGCGGGAGAGACUAAGGAAUCUGAUCCUACUUUGCUCCCGCUAACUAGAGGUUUAAACCAGGGAUGGGAAACUUGUGACCCACCAGAUGCUGCAGUGUCCCCAAUCCCUGUCCGUUAGCCAUGCUGGCUUGGAAGUUGCGAGUUCAAUAGCAUCUGGAAGGUUCAGGUUUCUCAGCCCUGAUGUGACCGUGGUUUGCUUUAAAAUCAAAAUCAAAAGUGGAAGCUUUGGGUCAAAAUCAAAAGUGGAAAGAUGAGCCCACAACUUGCUGAGGUUUGCACAUGUUUAUUAAUGAGAAGCUAAUGGUUUCCUAUUGCAUCUGAACCAAGCCAGACAGUUUUAGUGUCCUUUCUUCUUCUUCUUCUUCCAAAAAUGGGGGCUCCAGAACUCAGUCCUGCCACUGUGAAGCACUGGUUGAGGUUACAGUAUUGGAUGGUGAGGGAAGGACAUUCUGUCCAUGGCUCCUGUGGGCAAUAGGUACCGUAUUUUUCGCCCUAUAGGACACACUUUUUCCCCUCCAAAAAUGAAGGGGAAAUGUGUGUGCGUCCUAUGGGGCGAAUGCAGGCUUUCGCUGAAGCCUGGAGAGCGAGAGGGGUCGGUGCGCACCGACCCCUCUCGCUCUCCAGGCUUCAGGAAGCUCUGCGCAACCCUUGGGAGACCGGCGCGACUUCGUGCCAGUCUCCCAAGUGUUGCACAGAGCUGCCUGCAGUCCCGGGCUUCUCGCAGCUCUGCGCAACCCUAGGGAGCCCGGCGCGACUUCCCGCCAGGCUCCCUAGGCUUGCGGAUAGCAGGCUGUUCUGGGGGCUGGGGUCGGGGUAAGCUCGGGCUUCCCCCGCGCCAGCCCCGCACCUGGGGGGGAAAUAAUUUUUUUUUCUUUAUUUCCCCCCCCAAAAAAACCUAGGUGCGCCCUAUGGGGCCGGGUGCCCUAUGGGGCGAAAAAUACGGUACUUAAAAUGAACUGGCCUCUGAUCUAUAGGGUGCUGAACUGUACAGCUUCAUGCAUUUACUAUCCUGCUCCUAAAAGGAGGUUUGCUUCUGCAAAAGGUAGGAAAUAAUAUCUGGAUGGACUUCUGUUAAUUCAUAUAAUACUGUAGUCUCCUAACAUACUGUAAUCUUAAUUAUUUGAAAAUGACUAUCCUUUCCCACCACCCCUUCCCCUUGAUCUUUUUACACAGGUAUAUUCAUGGGGCAGCAAUACCUUUGGGCAGCUUAGUCACUUAAGUUCUCCAACCACAGUCCCUCGCCUUGCAAAGGUACUAUAUGUGUCUUUUUUAUAUAUAAAAAAUCAGUACUAUUUGUGACAUUUGUGGUUAUUUAUGUGGACUUCAAUCUUAACUAGCAGUUAUUCCUCUUUGCAUCGUGUAUAUUGGUAGGGAGGUUGGCUCAUCUUUGUGGACAGAAAAAAUUGUAGGCUCUAGGACCCUGUGUUUCUCUUGAUAGGGAUUGUGGUUUUCCCUGCUCCCAAACAGUGCAAAUCGGGAACAACCCCCAACUUCAAGCAGCAAGCUGAGCAGAAGAAGGUGCAGAAUCUUCCCUACAGCUUCUGCCAGCUUGCAGCUAUAGUGAGUUUGAAAUGACCCUGCAGUUGCAUUGCAGUUCAGAGGGCCUUGGAAGUGCAAGGCAAAUGUGGGGAUGAUCCUUGCCCUCCCGCUGCAGCUUUGGUUUUGAAACAAGCUGGGACUUGAAGCACAGCACUAAAAAUAAGCCCCAGCCCUCUUAAGCUCUAAAAAAGAAAGGCUGGGGUUUGUUUGGGUUCAGCAUUUGCCAGGUAUUUGCGUGUCUGAGAAACGCAGCAGCCAAACAAGUCUUUACCACUCUUUCUAAUCCCUGAGCCAGAAAGGAGAAGCUUUUGUGGUUUUGACCCUAUACCUUCGCAGCAGCCAAAUAACCCCCAGAUUUCCUCCUACCCAAAACUAUGGAUCAUCCCCAUAGUUGCUCUGAGCUUCUGAGAGCCUCAAAAAGUCUGUGCAACUGAGGUGAUGAUCUCCAGACACCUUUGGAGCUCCCAAAGUUGGGAAGAAGGCUGGAAUUCCAUCAUCAUGCUUAUCAGACGAUGGUGGUGCACUCACCAUGACCGGGGAAAAUGUUGGAAGGCUGGAUAUAGGCAAAAUAAGCCUGAAAACUGAAAUCAUACAGGCUGUUAAAAUCCCAUUUCAUAGCACUUAACUAUUGAAACUGUACAGGGUUACAUUUUAAAUUAUUCCCAAAUUCUGGCACAGCCAAGAGCAUCUUAAUUGAUUGAAACCUGCCCCUGCUGCUUUAAGCAGGUGUCAAAUUUCCGCAUGUAAAACACUAAAGUCCUUUGAUGAAAGCCCCUUAGAAGCCCAUUCUCGAUUGUCAACAAGGAUUUCCCUUUUUUAUUAUUAUGUCUAUUUAUUUAUUUUACUUGCUUCUAGGUGUGCGAUGACAAAAGCAUCUGGAGCAUAGCAGCUGGUCCAGAUUAUUCAUUAUUCCUAGUAGAUGGAGAAGAGUUUCAACCUUUGUUAUACUAUAGUGGUCGAGAAGAAAAGAAAGAGAGUGAUGUUUCAUCUGAAAAUAGCUGCUUUAAAAAUUCAACACUGUUACUAAAUUGUAGUAAGGUAUGAAUUAAGUUCUGUGUCCUAGAAAACUUUAGGGCCUGGCAGUGCCAUGAUAGUGCCAAGAUGCAGAAUGGUAGGGUUUGGAAAAGUGUAAGCUGGCGCUCAUCUCCCCAGUGAGCCCAAGCCCCUUUCCCCCCAAAAAUUCAAAUUCUCCUGCAAAAGUCCUCUCUGCUCCCUUCUCUCUCCUGCUUAAACCAACCUUACAGCAGCAGGAAGGCCUUGAGAAGGGGCUCUUGUUAGCCCCUCAACCCUGCUGCAGCAAUAUGCCAGGCACAACAAAUUAUGGAAAUUGCAUUUUCCAUAGUUCCUUGCACCUGGGGUGCUGCUACUGGCCUUCCUGUUCCUUUUAAUAGGUAUGGGGGUUUUAAAAUUAAAAAAGAAAGGUGAUGAAGUCUGUGGACUUUUGCUGAACUCCUGGUCUUGUCAGUGAGACCAUGGCAUGGCAAACUUUGAAAUUAGCUGGGAUAACAUGAUGCUGAGGAACAGGUGUUGUCCAUCACUAGUCAAGUUUUAGGCUUAGUUACAGGCUAUGUUAUAGUACAGGGAUGCGGGUAGCGCUGUGGGUUAAACCACAGAGCCUAGGACUUGCCAAUCAGAAGGUUGGCGGUUCAAUCCCUGCAACGGGGUGAGCUCCCGUUGUUCGGUCCCUGCUCCUGCCAACCUAGUAGUUCGAAAGCACAUCAAAAGUGCAAGUAGAUAAAUAGGUACCGCUCCAGCAGGAAAGUAAACGCCGUUUCUGUGCGCUGCUCUGGUUCGCCAGAAGUGGCUUAGUCAUGCUGGCCACAUGACCCAGAAGCUGUAUGCUGGCUCCCUCGGCCAAUAAAGCGAGAUGAGCACCGCAACCCCAGAGUCGGCCACGACUGGACCUAAUGGUCAGGGGUCCCUUUACCUUUACCUUUACCUUCAUGUUAUAGUACAGUAAAAGAGGAGACUUCAUAAAGGUGUUCUAGGAGGCUGCUUCAAGCAUGCAAUAAGAAAAGGAGGGCAGCAAUUUGAAGGAGCUGAUGUGAUCACACUGGAUAUCACAGGAAACUGUGGUAUAACGAGUCAGGAUAUUGGUGCCCAAACUGAGUAUGUGUUGCAGGGGUGGGGGAAGAGUGUUUAGGCAGAGACAUCAGCUUGUUCUUGGACUGAUAAAGCAUUUUUUAUGAAUUGGGCCAAUCUAAUAAGUCAUUUGACUGUUAUAUUUUUAUAUCUUGAUUUCUGGCUAUACAACAAGGUUUCCGAUUAGACAGCAGAAUGUAUACAUAUCCCAUGUUAAUGAAACCUAUCUGCAUUUUGUGAGUGUUCCAUUGUGUAAGGUGUGUAACACAGAAGAGCUUGAUUUCUAUAUUAAGUCAUGGUUAUUUGUAAACCCCUUAUCUAGGGGAUUUUUAAUACAGUCUGUCUUCCCUCCAGCUAGGGUACAUUAGCAGUGUGAUGGCUGGUGGGAAUAACUGUUUGGCUUUAGUGGACAAAAACAUUAUGGGCUACAUUGCAAGUCUGCAUGAGUUGGCUUCGAUGGAGAGACAGUUCUAUUCCAAACUGAGUGCUAUAAAAUCUCAAGUUCUCAGACCCCUCUUGGGAUUAGGUAAGCAGUCUAUCCACAGCAUCGCUUUUCUGAUUGUGACUUCUUUAGAAACACAACCUCUUGAUGUUUGUAUGUUCCUGGAAGGCAGUACCUGCCAUAAUCUUGUCUUCUGCUUCAUUAUGCACCCAAACCUCUGUAAUCAGAUAUCUCUCCCCUCUCUGCCCAUAUGCAUGAUGUUUUGCUGAGAGGUUCAGAUAAGGAAAACACUGCAAGCUGUCUUUGUGCUAAAAUGAAUCUCCUGCUGUUUCUCAAGACAUAGCACUGCUCUUUUAAUACUUAAUACACCACAAGCCCCCUUCCAGGUGAGCCUCAGCCGGCAGCCCUGACUGUACAGUCAUACCUCGGGUUGAAUGUGCUUUGGGAUGAGCAGGUUCGACUUGCGCUCCGCGGCAACCCGGAAGUAAUGGAGCGAGUUACAGUGGUACCUCAGGUUAAGUACUUAAUUCAUUCUGGAGGUCCGUACUUAAUCUGAAACUGUUCUUAACUUGAAGCACCACUUUAGCUAAUAGGGCCUCCUGCUGCCGCCGCGCCACUGGAGCACAAUUUCUGUUCUCAUCCUGAAGCAGAGUUCUUAACCUGAAGCACUAUUUCUGGGUUAGCGGAGUCUGUAAACUGAAGCUUAUGUAACCUGAGGUACCACUGUACUUCCGGGUUUCGCUGUUUGUGCAUGCGCAGACACUCAAAAUGACAUCAUGCGCAGAAGCGCUGAAACGUGGCAUGCGCAGACACGGGUUACGUUUGCUUCUAGGUGCGAACAGGGCUCAGGAACGGAUCCCGUUCACAUCUAGAGGUGCCAUAGUAUCUAUAAAGCAGCAGUCCUAUCUUUUGACUGCCUUCCAUCAUCUUGCCGUUGCCGCCCACCCACCCUUGCCUCAGGCCAGGCUUGUCUGCCUCUAAUUUUGACAUCAUCCAAUUGGCCUUCUAGAAAAUUCUGAAAUGAAUAGAGGAAUCUAUUCCUAAGCAAGUUGAAUAAUGGGCAUUCACUCAUCCACCAGCUGAGCACACCUGCCCUAGCAAGCUUGCGCAAGAUUUAAAACAUGAUACAAUGCACAAUGUCUUUGAUCUGGUCUGAUCCACAUUUACAAAGGCAAUCGUUUGUUGGCUUCUUUAAAAAAAAUUCAAGUCACAUAUUUGGUGGGUGUAGUUUGAACAUUAAGCUGCGUAAAUGCUCGUAUAAUGGGGUGGGGGAGGUUAAUUUCCACAAGUAGUCCUUUUAUGGUCAGAUAACUUUGAAUAUAUGGAGAAUACAAUGUCCAUUUCAGCAAAAUGGAUCUUAUGUCAGAAAUAUCCUGUAAUAACAUUAGAGAAGAAAUGGAACAACGUGGACAUAGUACACUGGAUGCAUUACUCAGAACUGUAAUAGAUCUCUCUAUUACACAUUCAUAAACCCAUGAUUCCAUAGUGGAAAAAACUUGCCUAAUGUCAGACCAACAUUUGGCCAACUUAGAGGGAAGACUGGACACAAUGUUGUGGCUGCUUGAUGUUGAGCCUUGUACAAGUAGUGCAAUGAUUAUCAGUACUGGUGGUCACCAUUUUGUGCAGGGAUUCUGUUCCCCAUUCGCGUUGGCAGAGCAUGCACAAGCCUUCUAUGCCCCAUUACACCCCGGUCUGACCUCUUCCAGGUCCAAAAGUACCCAUGCAUCGACGGCCAUGCGUCAGCUGGUCGUGCACAAAAUUGUCGCUGCCUGUAAUUCUAAUCCUAAUUGACAACAGCACAGUCCUAACCAUGUCUGCUCAGAAGCAAGUCCUAUUGAAUUUAGUAAGGCUUAAUUUCAGGUAAAGGGGGUUAGGAAUUGCAGCCUUGAAAGUUGUGUGGUUUUGUUUUGCAAGGAGAGUGGGAAAAUUGUUAAUGACAUUUGUUGGCAUCUCCUUUAAAAUGACUGCAUGUUUUGAUAGCCUGGAUUAAUUCUUGUUCAUGAUGUGUUGAACUAACAAAAGUUUCCACUCCUUAGUGCACACCCCGGCCUCAAAUAGCUCACUGCAUAUUGUUUGCUCAUCUCCUUUGCAGAUAAUUUAGGUGCUUCAUCGACAGUGCAGCUGUUGCAGGAAAUGGCUAGUACGUUCAGCAAGCUGUGUUACCUAAUCGGUCAGCAUGGAGCCUCUUUGACAAGCUUUAUUCAAGGGUCAAAAGAGGCAAAGAACUUGGCUGUCUUGAAGCAUUCAAGCCUCUUUUUGGAAAGUUACACUGAGCAAGUAUCUCAUUUUUAUUCUCUGGAGAUUUAUUGUUUCAGGCACAACGCGUUACAAGGAAAAACUAAGAUGAAACAAAGAAAGAAAGACUUGAAACAGCACACUUGCUAUCACCUGAAAUAUUGACUUGUACUGUAGGGCUGAACUUUACGCAUUCAGUAAAGUUGGCAAGUGUUUGUUCUGGACUGUACCGCUUCAGACUGCAAGCCUCCUUGAAUUCUCCCUCAUGUAAAAUUUCAAGAGAAAAGUCACACAGCCACAUUUGUGACUGAGUUGACACUGAAAUGGAACGAUUGGGCAUUUGAAAUGCCCAGGCAUCAUUGAUGUACUAUUGUGGAUAUAAUGGAAUGCUAAAGCUGCCAGUCAUUUAAUCUUUAAGGUGAAGUCCACCAAAACUCGUGGUGUGAAAUUGCUGUUCAUUUUGAUGCAUUGUGGCAGAUGCUCACUGUGCAAGCCCUGUUGAAAUGGGCAUUGUGCAAAAAGUUCUUCGAAGGCUGCAUCCUAUAAGCUAACACCAUUAUUUCAAAGGGGGCACAUUGUGUGUUCUUGUGUUACCCUUGUAGUCCCACAUUGUGAGUCUUCCUAUAAUAGAUUUUCACCCAUUUUUUGUGGUGUGUGUGGCAAUACUAGUGUGGGAGGAAGCUGCAGUGCGGACAAGGUGUUAAUGGUUAUUGAAGCAACUAUUCUGCAGAGAAAGAUCAUUCUGCAAACACAAUGUGAGACUGUAGGGUGGUGAUGUAAGUUUUUCAUUAGUCAAAAAGAGGUUGUUCACACUCGCUCCUUAGGUUCUUCAUCCAGCAAAUUCAUCAGGCUGAUUUCCAUUUGAAAUGCCUAGGCUUUCUCACUUUUCUUCAUCAAUGUCUCUGAUUUAGGUACUGCACUUCCUUGACAAACUUUCUGGUGAUGGGAGGAUUUACACUUCUCUCCAAACCAGCAAUGUAAGUUAGUCCUUCUGGAUGUUGAGUCUGGUGAUUUGAUGUUACGGUAAUGUCUGCAAAUCCUGGUGUAUUACCAAUGUAUCCAUGUGUGAAUCUAGUAGCUCUGCUUACUGUGAGUGCUAAGAUAAUGGUUAGUAGUGCAGCUGCAUAGAAUCUUGUACAAUCCUUAGCAGGGGUUCUACAGAAAGAGAGAGAGAGAAAGGAAGAUAGGUAGGUAGGUGUGGUCUGUUAGUGUCUGAAGUUGGUGUCUCUUGCAGUACCUGAAAAUGCACCUGUUCACACACUUUUGGCUCUUGAGGUGUAUAUUUUUUAAGACCCACCUUAGUUUUGCAAUUUUAAGUUGUUUUAGACUGUGUUUCGUAUUGUGUAAUAUUGCAUUUUAGGGAUGCGGGUGGCGCUGUGGGUUAAACCACAGAGCCUAGGACUUGCCGAUCAGAAGGUCAGCGGUUCGAAUCCCCGCGACGGGGUGAGCUCUUGUUGCUCGGUCCCAGCUCCUGCGAACCUAGCAGUUCGAAAGCACGUCAGAGUGCAAAUAGAUAAAUAGGUACAGCUCCGGUGGGAAGGUAAACAGCGUUUCCGUGCGCUGCUCUGGUUUGCCAGAAGCGGCUUAGUCAUGCUGGCCACAUGACCCGGAAGCUGUACGCUGGCUCCCUUGGCCAAUAAAGCGAGAUGAGCGCCGCAACCCCAGAGUCGGCCACGACUGGACCUUAUGGUCAGGGGUCCCUUUACCUUUACCUUUACCCAAUAUUGCAUUUUAAUGUUAAUGUUAUGUUUUAAUUGUUAUAACACACCCUGGAAUCAUAAGGUGAAGGACGGGAAACAAAUUAUAAUAAUACCUUCCCAGCUUCCUAGUUUUUUUCAUUAUUAUGAAAGUUGCUUGCUUACCUUCCCUUUGUCAGAUGAAUCCCUGAAAUAAAGUUUCUUACGCUUUAGAAUAAUGAAAACCCUUUGAGGAUGUCAUUGUGAGCUAUCAGUGCUUUGCUCACAGGAAAGGAUCCUGCCCCUUAACAGGUGAAAUGAGACAAAUUUAAUAGAAGUCCAAGUUUCAUCCCAAAUUCUGGCCCAAACAGCCAGCCUGUAAUAAGCAUAUAUAACAUUUGGAUCCUAAUGUCAGGUAUUGUGUGGAGUAAUAAGGGCCUUAUAUGGUGGUCAGAAUCUAUUAGGUAGCUCUAUUCUUAUUAUCUGUGUUGAAAACCAUUGAAGCAUUAGUCAUUUCUUCCAUUAUGGGUAUCAAAGGAUGUAGGACUGUGUCUCUCCAGAUAACGGUUAUAUGCUUAGAAUGACUGAUUCAGGAAAUGAGAUCUUUGCAGCAAGAUACCAAUGUCAGUGGCUAAUGAUAUGAGAUGGUCUUCUGUGACUAUUCCUUUGUACAGCCUUUUAAGUAAUUCAUCAUAAAAGGGAAGCAGCAGCUCACCAGGACUCCUCAUUGUCAGGCAACUUAGCAGCGUUUCCUUUGAGACAUUAGCCGAGACUUGGUCUUACGAUAGUUCUGAUACUCCUUGAUGCUUGUGUAUUGUGACUUCCAAGUGUUGCUCUCAAAGCACUUUAAAAAUGCAAACCAUCCAGAUGGUUAGUCUGGUGGCUGAGAAAAAGAGCUUCCUGAUUAAAAAAGAGAGAGAGAGCACUCCCCCCCCCCUUGAAGCUCGUUCGAAAAUGAGAAGUCGUGGAACUAGGCAAGGUAGAUGCGUUUGAUGCUUCUGUGGCAGCACCUCGUUAAUCAUGUAGAGUGGCCCUGCUGUUUAGUUCACUAAGCUACUCCUUUGUUCCCAAAGCUUUGAUGUGUCGCUCUUCUCUGCCUUGCAAGCCUUCUUUUCCAAAUUUCCACCUUAACUUAUUUCGUAGCUGUACAAAUUCAUUGCAAGUUCGAUGUUUCAUUGCAGACAGCAACACAGAAGAAGUCAAAAGCAGUAAAUGGUUGCGUUCACCAACGCAGACUCGUGUAAUAUUUGAGUAGAUUUUCCACCACUUUUAAUUUAGCACUUAAAAUUUGCAUUGGAAAACUUGAAAGGCUCUAUUUUUGGAGGCACUAUUCAGCUGAUAAGGGACGCGGGUGGCGCUGUGGGUUAAACCACAGAGCCUAGGACUUGCCGAUCAGAAGGUCAGUGGUUCGAAUCCCCGCGACGGGGUGAGCUCCCGUUGCUUGGUCCCUGCUCCUGCCAACCUAGCAGUUCGAAAGCACGUCAAAGUGCAAGUAGAUAAAUAGGUACCGCUCAGGCGGGAAGGUAAACAGCGUUUCCGUGCGCUGCUCUGGUUCGCCAGAAGCAGCUUAGUCAUGCUGGCCACAUGACCCGGAAGCUGUACGCCGGCUCCCUCGGCCAAUAAAGCGAGAUGAGCGCCGCAACCCCAGUGUCGGUCACGACUGGACCUAAUGGUCGGGGUCCCUUUACCUUAUACAGCUGAUAGGCAAAGAGCGUAUCAACUUCCUUCGGUGAUGCAGGAAAUAUACUUGGCUAGUGGUCAGCAGCAGUCAGCUCUGGAACUCUCUGCCCACUGAAUUUUGUUGAGCAUGGUCUCUGAUGGUAUUCAGAUGCCAACUCAAUCAUGGCUUUUGACGUAGGCUUUUGGGUAUUGUUACUGAUACUUAUUCAUAUGUCCAUAGUAGAGGCUUUGCUUAUGAUGACACUAUGAUAUUUAUGUAUGGAUAUAAAAUUUUAUUGACUUUUGCUGUUACCGCUCUGCGAUCUUUGGAUGAAGGGAGGGAUAUAAAUGGCUUAAAUCUAAAUAAAAAAUAAAUUUCAAAGACAUGCCACAGGGUGGGGCAGGGAACACCCAGAACGUAUUGCGGGGGUGGUGUAUGGUCCACAGGUUAGAUACCUCUAGUUUAAAUAAAGAAACUAGUAUUGUUAAUAAGUAGUAAUUUAUGUAUUUGAUUCCUAGUAAAUCCGUAUCACUUCUAACAAGAGAUAGCAAAAUACACAGGCUGCAUUCUCAAGAUAAACCAAGAAGCUUGGUGUAAUAAACCACACUGUGCAUGAACUGUGUGCAAGCAGGAAACAAGCCAGGAAAGUGAUAGCUUAGGGUUACAUUUGAACUCAGGUAUGUGGUUUGCUGCUCCCUAAACAGGCUAUGAUCCGUAGCCCUGCCGUAAGUCAUGGCUUGCUGUUUACAUACGGAUCAUAGCCUGUUUUAGAGAGAAACAAACCACAGUUUUGGGUUGGAACCUAGCACUUAAGUCAUCCUCUUGCUAGUUUGUUGCACAAAGAAUGCAGCUUUUGCACAGUAUAGUUUAUUAAGCCAAGCUUCUUGGCUUACCUUUUAUGCGUGAAUGCAACUGUAGGAUUUUAUACAAGUGAAGCUUGAUGCUCUAAGGACUCCUUGAAAUUAAUGCAAAACAUUAGCCUUGAGUAUUUUUUAAGUGCAGUAGACCUGGGGUAGGUCUAACUCUGGCUUCCUCAACCUCGCCCCCCCCCGAUGUUUUUGGCCUACAAUUCCCAUGAUCCCUAGCUAGCAGGACCAGUGGUCAGGAAUGAUGGGAAUUGUAGUCUCAAAACAUCUGGAGGGCCGAGGUUGAGGAAGCCUGGUCUAACUCAUACUGCCUGACCUCUGUAUCAGUGAAAGGGCAGGUAACCAUGUAUAUCUGGGUCCAAAGUCACAUGGUGGUGUUCUGCAGCUGAAGCUAAGCAGAUCCAAACCAGUUUGCAAGCUGCCUGGGUGGAAGGACACCUGGAAACCAUAUAUAAAUAUGUUCUGAGUUCCACAGAAGAAGAGUCAGACAUAAGUAUAGUAAGUGUUGCACUGAAAGCAUUGUCAAAACAUUAACACACAUCUGUCUUUAUACUGUAGGGAUUUCUUAACUAAAAGCCAGGCAUUGCUUCAGGAUCUGUCAGAGACAAAUGAGGAGGCUCUCCCAUUGGUAGACGUGUUAAAUACUCUGUUUUUCUUGCCAAUCCGACGACUUCAUAAUUACGCUAGAACUUUACUAAAGCUUGCUACGUGUUUUGAAGUGGUAAGUUGUUGGAUAAGAAAGUUUCACUAAGCAGGAGACAUUUUGUGUUUGUUUUUUUGAUCUCAUUGCUAACAUAAUCAUUCCAGGUGGCGUAAUAUUUUUAAUCAGUUCAAAAAAAAGUGCAAAUGCAGUUGCAUUUGUUAUAAUAACUAAAUGGUUUAUUCUUCAUUGUAUUAGUGUUCUUUUUAGUUACUUAAAUAUUAUUCAAUCGCAGGAGAAGUUGUUUCAGUUGAUUUAAAUAAAACACUUUGAGAAACUGCAAUUACUGUAAUGAAAUAUUGCAAUAGGUCUCUGGAAACAAGUGUUAGUUGCUAACCUUGUUUUGUUUGUUCCUUCUCUGUAGGCAUCUCCAGAAUACCAGAGCCUUCAGGAUGCCAGUUCUUGUUAUGAAACCCUUGCUGUCCAUCUUAACAGGAAAAGGAAAGAAGCUGAAUACACGCUGGGCUUCUGGAAGACCUUUCCUGGCAAAAUGACAGUACGUGGGCAUUGCCGUAAUCUCUGCUAGCACAACUCUUCCACUGUAGGAUUCCAUUUUUCCCACAGUGAUGUCACCGUAGUUUCCUUCUCUUCCCUUCCUCUCUCUUCAUGGCUGCGGUGCUUCCAAUUUCAGAAACUAUUGUAUUUAGCAAAUACCCUAUUUUUCGCCCUAUAGGGCGCACCAGCCCAUAGGGCGCACCUAGUUUUUUUUUUGGGGGGGGGAUAAAGAAAAAAAAAAUUCCCCCCCCAGGUGCAGGGCUGGGGCGGGGAAAGCCCGAGCUCCCCCCGACCCCAACCCCCAGAACAGGCUGCUAUCCGCAAGCCUUGGGAUAUCUGCCCGAAGCGCUCCGCGGCGUUCCCCAGGCUUCGGGAAGCAGGCUGCUAUCCGCAAGCCUGGGGAGACCGGCAGAAACUCCCGCCGGUCUCCCCAGGCUUGCGGAUAUCUGCCCGAAGCCCGGGGCGCGCUCCGCUGCGCUCCCCGGGUUUCGGACUGCAGGCUGCUGUCCGCAAGCCUUGGGAGCCUGGCGGGAAGUCGCGCCGGACUCCCAAGUCUUGCGGAUAGCUUCCUGAAGCCUGGAGAGCGAGAGGGGUCGGUACGCCCCGACCCCUCACGCUCUGCAGGCUUCAGAGAAAGCCUGCAUUCGCCCCAUAGGAUGCACACACAUUUCCCCUUCAUUUUUGGAGGGGAAAAAGUGCGUCCUAUAGGGCGAAAAAUACGGUAAUCCUAAUUUCCCGUUACGGCUGAGAUGCAUGCAAAUUCAGACUCCAUCUGUGACAAGUGCGCACUACUGUUAAUGACACAGGGGUGAUAAUAGGCAUAGUCGACCUAAUUUGUGUGCCUGCCUCACUCCUCAAUUCUAGGAUUCCUUGAGGAAACCCGAACGGCGACUAAUCUGUGAGAGCAGCAAUCGGGGACUGUCACUGCAGCAUGCUGGGAGAUUCUCAGUAAACUGGUUCAUCCUCUUUAACGAUGCCUUGGUCCAUGCUCAGGUAAGCACAUACUGGGGAUUAGAGCUGAAUUGUUCCUGUUAUACCUGAAUGGAUGGGGCACCUCACAGUAAAAGGAUAUUUUCAGAGUUCUGUAGCAGUCAGAUCUCUCUCCCCACGCUCUUCAGAAGAACACACACAAAGACGACCUGAGGUUCAUAUGGGUUGUCGCUAGGUCUAGUCAGUGGCGGAGGAAGGGAGCAGGUCACCCUGGGUGCCAGCCUGGAGGGGUGACAUCGCCGCGGGCAGGUGCCUCCCCCUUUGGGACACUCGCACGGGCGACGUACCAGGCCCCUGGGUGCCACACCCCCACAGGCGACGUGCCACGCCCCCACGACCCCAGGUACCGAAGCCCCUUCCUCCGCGACUGGGUCACGUAUGGGUGACAAGAGCCUUGGAUACCAAGCCUGUUCUGUCUUCCAUGCAACGUAGAUCACUCCCCACCUCUCUCUAUUGGGGUUCUGAAACACAGUUCAGAAUUGGGUCUAUUCCACUUACCCAGCCACCACCUCAUUAGUGCCAUUGAUAUUGCCGGCAUUAGGUUUUGGAACAUUAUGUUUUGGGUCUUUGAACAGCAUUGCCUCUCACUUGCAAAAAAAAGUUGAAAGACAAAAAAUAGUUGUGCACAGUUUCUCCCUGUCUUCUGGCGAGACUGGAAAAUAUCUUCCAUCACUAGCAUACAGCAGCACUAUCAUUUGCUGCCCCUUAAACAAACAGUAGGAACAGGGUAUCCUAUGCACUGAGCUCUGGUUCAUAGAGCCCGCUAUUUGGCAUAAAUAUGGUUGCAGCUUUGCAAGCUGUGCAAUUUGAACUUCUCAAAUUGGGGGUGGGUGGGAACUCGUUAGGAGAUAUAGCAGUUGCAUUUCAGCAGUGUGGCUUAUCGUCAUUCUGUUUCCAAAGGGGAAGAAACACUGAAGAAGGAACACACACACAGAGUGAAUCUAAUCCUAAUAGGAAGGUUGAUGCUUUUCCUCUUUUGCUUUUCUUUGCAGUUUUCAACUCAUCAUAUUUUUUCCUUGUCCACAUUGUGGGUAGAACCUGUUUCAGAAGAGUCUGGUAAUAUGUAAGUAUGUCAAGGCCAUCCCUCAAAUAGAAAUUAUUUUGUUGCUGUUGUUGAUGAGAUGAGUUUUUCUUUUGAAACGUCUUGGGUACUCCAGGCCUUUUGUGCUCUUUGUGAUACUCGACUUGCAUCCUUUAAAGGCAGUGGUGGGGAACCUUGUGGGUCUGUCCAGCUGCUUUUUGACUCCAACUCCCAUCAGUCUCAGCCAGCCAAUGGCUAAGGAUGAUGUUCAUCAUAAUCCAGCAGCAGCUGGAAGGACCACAGGUUCUCCAGCCCCACAAUAAUGUGAUUAUCAUGCUUGUGGUUAGUGAGAUAAAGUUAUCACAGGUGUACAUGUUGCUCAUUUUAAGCAUGUAUUUGACGCGCAGCGUUAAUUAAUAAUGCAGAGUUUCAAAGAAUAAAAGCUUUACUGAGUUAAAAUAAACUUCUUCAUAAACAACAUGGUUCCAAACAGUUUGACUGAGAUUACAUACUGCUCCCAACUGAAGCAGACAGACACUCACUGACAUCUUACAGAGAGCACAAAAGAGAAACUGGCUACGAAGUCACACGCCAGAGUGACUCAACAGUUAGCAGUUAGGCCAGAAUAACUUUAGUAGGCCCAAAUGAUUGUGCAGUCCCAGCACUUCCCAGCCUGCUUUGCUGCUUCUGCUCUCAUGUGUCUUUGUCACAUGACACUCCCCCAAAGACCUAGAGAGCAGAAGUAUAAACAUGAAAAAUUAACUUAUUCAGUAUUGGCUGGACAUUAAGUCUUGUAAAUGCAGAUAUGAUGAAAUCAUCCAAACCAGUGCAGUCUAAUCUGUAAUUAUUAUUAUUAUUCUCAUCCUCAUCAUUUUUGAUUUAUUAAUUGCCUGCUAGAUUACCACCUCAAGGCAUUUUACAUAUAAGAUAAUUAAAAACAUAAAACAGUCAAUACAUUUAAAACUAGACUAAACCCCUAAGAAGUAUUCCAGUGUCACUUUUGUAAGGAAGAAUGCCGUGGCAUUUCUUGUGUUUAGACAGGUAAGAAUAUUUAUGCAAUGUGAUAUUGGUGCAGAGUUCAGCUUCCUACAACCUUUUUUCUUAGCUUGAAGCAGCAUUUCUAGACCAUAUGGAUGUGAGUACAGUCGUACCUUGCUUUGCAGCCGGGAUCCGUUCCGGAACCCCGGCCGCUAGCCAAAAAGGAUGCAGGGCAAAGCGCCAUGUCUGCGCACACAUGUGGAGCGGUUUGUGCUUCUGCGUAUGUGCGAGCAGCAAACCUGGAAAUAACCCGUUCCGGUACUUCCAGGUUUGCUGUGGACAUUCGCCGGAAUGGACGCUAGACAAGGCGGAUGUUCGCAGAGGUAUUACUGUGUAGGCUUGGCAGCUUGGUAAUUUCUUACGAAACAAAAGGAUGGCUGAAUAAAUCUAGUGGUUUGAGGAUCUGGCAUAGGUAAAGUAAAAGAUGCCAGAUAAGCAUAAAUACUUUACUUACCGUAUUUUUCGCCCUAUAGGACGCACUUUUUCCCCUCCAAAAAUGAAGGGGAAAUGUGUGUGCGUCCUAUGGGGUGAAUGCAGGCUUUCUCUGAAGCCUGGAGAGCGAGAGGGGCCGGUGCGCACCGACCCCUCGCUCUCCAGGCUUCAGGAGAGCCCCAGCGCCAGCCCCACAAGGUCGGGGGACAGCGGGGUGGCGGAACACCGCCAUCCCGCUGUCUCCCGAUGUGGUUUGGAGGCUGACGGCGGGAGACGCGUGCUUCUCCCCGCCGCCAGCCCCGCAAGCUCCGGGAACAGCGGGGAGGCGCAGAGUGUCUUCCCGCUGUCCCCGGACCUGGUCUGAAGGCGGGCUGCAGGGAGAAGAGCGCUUCUCCCCGCUGCUGGCCCCACAAGCACCUGGGGGGGGGGAAUAAUUUUUUUUCCCUUUAUUUCCCCCCCAAAAAACUUGGUGCAUCCUAUGGGCCAGUGCGUCCUAUGGGGCGAAAAAUAUGGUAACUUGCAUAACUUGGAACUACUUCAUUUUAUUUUGGUACAGAGUACAGUCUUCCUUAUAAUCGCUAGUGAUAAGAGACUGAAAUAGGAUGGAAGGUGUUAGAUUACGUGGCACUUUACUGUUGCAAAUGGAGAUUCUCCAUUUCUCAUGAAUUUAGGGAAGGGGGAACAUUUCUUUAAGCCAGAGGCUAGAAGGAAAAGGACAGAAAAUAGAAUGCGACUCUGCCCCUUUGCUUUGGUAUUAAUUUUUGCCUGUGCUAGCUACAGUUAUCUGUUCAAUUAUUUUUUAUUUUUUAUUUUCUUAUGUUCUUUUUACAUGAACCUUUCUCUUUUUUUGGUCUUCAUACUAGGAAUGGUUUGAGAGUCACUACACCAGAAGAACAGUUCAUUCUUGUUUCAUCAACACCGCAGGAAAAGGUAAGCAGGCACAGAGACUGCAUUCUGUCCUCUCCUCCCCUGUUUGCACCACUUUGCCAGGUAGGUUAACAGCAGGAACACAGGAAGCUGCCUUAUACCAAGUCAAACCAUUGGUCCGUUUAACUCUAUUGUGUACACUGACCAGCAGCAUUUCUUAGGGCUUCAGGCAGCAUAAUUCCCAGUCCUGUUUGGAGAUGCAAGAGAUUAUACCUGAUGCAUGAGUUGUGGUCUUCCUCCAUUACUUCCCCACAAGGAAUGUGGGCUUGGCUUACUUGUGAGAGCCAUCUUAAGUGCCUUAGCUACUUUGAACAUAGAGUACCGUAAUUUUCGCUCUAUAGGACGCACUUUUUCCCCUCCAAAAAUUAAGGGGAAAUGUGUGUGCGUCCUAUAGAGUGAAUGCAGGCUGCACGGCUAAGCCCAAAGCCAGAACAGGGAGACGGAGCGCUGCGGAGCACUCCGUCUCGCUGUUCUAGCUCGGGGAUGGCUGCGCGCAAAGGAAGGCUGUUCCCAAGCCAGAACAGCGAGACGGAGACAGAGCAGCGCUCCCCCCCCCCCCACCGCCAGCCCCACAAGCUCGGGUGAAUGCACCUUGAACGCACCUUGUUUUAGAGGGGGAGAACAAGAAGAACAAUUUUCCCCCUGUUCUCCCCCUCCUAUGGUCCGGUGCGUCCUAUGCUCUGGUGCGUCCUAUAGUGCGAAAAAUACGGUACUUUGUAAGCUUAUUUUCUCUGCUUAUUUCACUCUGUAAGCUAAGGGAAAUCAACAUAAAAUGACCCUGCUUGCACAGCACGGCAAACCAUAGUUAAUGGUAUACCGCAAACAUGCCUAUCUGAGUUGUUCACCUCCUUGCUGGUUGCAUGUGGAUGAAACAAGCCACAAUUUAGUGUUGCAUCCAAAUCAGGGAUGGUGGUUCAUUUUGCAACACAAUCUGUAAGCCGAGGUUUGUUCUUGGCUUGUACUGAUCAUGGUUUGUUGGGAGUGAAAUCAUCCAUGGAUCAAAUGUAACGCUAAGACAGGAGUUGUGGUCUGUUUCCUGUCUGUGCAAAUGGGAGGAGCAAAACUAACAUUGUUUGCUCGUAGGCCCAUGGUAUAGAAGACAUGCAAGUAUGGUCCACAUUGCUGUAGCUGAGUAUGUAGUAUCUUGGUUUAGAAGGAGACUUGGACUAGAUCACUGGUCUUCAAAUAGUGACUUGUGAUCCAUAGUUGGCCCAUAGAUGGUUCAUGGCAGUGCAUUCAUUGCCAAUUAUUAUUUUUAAAUUUAAGUUUAGUUUGUUGUUAAGUGACGUAGAGAAUGAUGACCAUAAUAUGGUGGUGUAUUAAAAACUGACCCUUUGUUCCAGGCAGAAGGUAAAUGGGGCCCCAAGUCUGAAAAGGUUAAGAUUGCUAGAGCAGAUGAACUUUUGCAGUUCCAUGAUUUUUAUCAUUUAUUGAUUCUGUGGCACCAAUAAGUCUUAUCAGGCUAAUUCCAAGAGAUUCCUUCAGUAUUCCCAUAAAAGUAGUUAUGAAUAGAGAGGAGGAACACAAAGGGUAGGCGAAACCUUGAAUACUUUUACUGUAAUUGUUUCAGACUAAAUGGCUGAGAGCGAUAAGCCAAGCAGUGGAUCAGGCCUUAAAAGGGACGACUGACUUGCCUCCUUAUGGAGUUAGCGGAAACAUUCAGAGGCAAGAGCCCCCUAUCUCACGGAGUGCCAAAUACACCUUUUACAAAGAUCCUCGGCUUAAGGACGCCACUUACAAUGGUCGAUGGCUUUCUGGGAAACCACACGGCAGGUGAAACUGUGCAAAUGUUUUUAUGUACAUGUUCGCUAGUUAAGAGGCUGUCCUGUUUACUUAAAACCAAGCAGAAAAGCACCAAUAAUAACAGGCCAAAAAAGAGAGAGAUUUUCACUAAUUGCAUGGAAAAUGUGCUGACAUCUGUUGCUACAGCAUCGCUUGCAUUUGGUGAAAAUGGUGAAAAUUGCUGCUAAAAACAUGCCUCGCAAGGAAGGAUUUUUUCUUUAACAUAUUGGACUUGGAAUAAAUCAUUUCAAGCACCUGAAGUUUCCCCCUGUUCUCUUCUUUUACAUCUUCUUCUCUUUCUUUUUGCUUAAAGCUAGGUAACAAGUGAAGAAAGGCAUGUAAAAAAGUGUUUAAAUCUGAAUAAAGCCAAGUACAAUAAAUGAAAAGCCUCCUACUCUAUGGCCACUUAACCCUGAGCUCUAAAACCUAGCCAGAAAAAAAUGCAGUAGUCCUUUGAACAAUGUAAUAGUCUUGCAUAAAACGUGUUAUGCUAAUUCAAAUGAGGAACUGGUCUAAUUAUGGCACUCUGUAUAUUUCAGGGGAGUUUUGAAAUGGGCAGAUGGAAGAAUGUAUUCUGGCAUGUUCAGAAGUGGCUUGGAAGAUGGGUAGGUACAAAGAGUUAAACCAAAUUUGGGGUUGGAGAAAGAGAAGUCUGUUUAUUACUUUAAAAUUUCUUACCACCAGCAAGGUGUUAGAUAACCUCCCUUUGGCUGAUGGAUUUAUUUGGCUGUCAAAAUAGUUUUUAGGAGUUUUGUGAAACUAACUCAAGUUGUCACAUCAUAUAUUGGGUUAUAUCCAGUGUGGUUCUUACUCAUAGUAGAACCAUUGAAAUGUAGUGGGCAUGACUAACGUAUAUCCAUUAAUUUCAAUGGAUCUGCUCAAAGGGCAACUUGGAUGCAACCCAUGCUUACCUGGGAGUAAGUCUCAGGUACUCAGGGUUUCAUUUUUAAUCACUGUAACAAGCAGCUUGCAAUGUAAAAUUGAACUCUCUCCUUCACCCCCUGUGUCCUUUUUUCUGUUCAACUGUUCAAACACCUUGCCAGAUUUGUGUGCAUGUUAGAAAUCUGGAUGGUGCUAAAAUAAAUGUACAUCCAUAGAGUGCUUGUGCAACUAUUGCAUUAUAGUAAUCCUUUGCAGCUGAAGCUCCUGAACAUGAAAGAUUGUAGCUGUGCACUGCUGGGCGGGGGGCGGGCGGAGGGGUUUGGGGUUGGGUCUGAGACAGCCAUGGUGUUAAACUGAAGAAUUCUAUUAUGUAGUAGUGUGCUUUUUUAAACAGUGUGUUAGGGAUUUGUCUGUAAGACACUUUCCUAAAACUUCUAUUUAGCCUUCUAUUUGACAGGUGAAAAUACCAGUGCUGUUUCUCAAGUGAUUUUCAUCACUUUACCUUCAAUUCAAAAUUUGUAUGAAAUUCUGGAGAGCUAAACUUGUUCUCUCAAGUCAAUGCAGUGUCAAAAAUAAAGCAGUCACAAUUUGAACUGCAUGCUUGGAAUUGUUGGCUGAAUCUAUUACGUGUGCUUAAAUUUAUCUAGCUACCAUUUCAGUUAUACAUGUAUAGAAAAGUGAUAUAUAGGUGUUUUAUAAUUGCCUAUCAUAUAAUUCAUUAACCGUCACUCUUUUACACAUAGUUCACAGACACAUAGUACAUUUUUAGUAUUAUUCAGUACAGUGGACGCUCGGGUUGCAAACAUGAUCCGUGUGGGAGGCACGUUUGCAACCCACAGCGCUGUGUCUGCACACCCGCGGGUUUGCGAUUCGGCGCUUCUGUGCAUGCACAAAGCGCAAUUUAGCGCUUCUGCGCAUGCGCAAGCUCCGAAACCCGGAAGUAACUCGUUCCGGUACUUCUGGGUUUGGCGCAGUGCACAACCCAAAAACACGCAACCUGAAGCAUCUGUAACCCAAGGUAUGACUGUACAUUUUACUCAGAAGUAAAUCUUACAAUGUUCAAUGGGUCUUACUGCCAAGUAGAUGUGUAUGGGAUUGCUGCUCUUUGUAUUAUAUUCUUGCUUUCUAGUUGCUCAGGACUGUUGUUGUUGUUUUCAUAUUGGCAGGCACGGUGAAUACAAAAUACCAAGCAAAAUACUGAACAAGUGUGACCGCUAUGUUGGAUAUUGGAAGGAGGGCAAAAUGUGUGGACAAGGCAUCUACAGGUAGUAUACAAAACAACAUGUGGAUUGUUUUAAAGGUCAUCGUGUGUAGUCCAAAAGAGAGCAGCAUUUAACCCACAAUGCACUUCAAAGGGCCACGUAACACACACACACAAACCAAUUCUUUCUAUGCAAAACCUUUCCAGGUAGGAACAGCAUGAAACCCCUAUGAAGAUCGCCAUGUGUAGCAGUUUUCACUCACGAACACAUUUCGUUGUGUGAACACCUCCUGGGAAGUUGCAUUUUGCCUUGUGUCCAUGCAGUGAAAUAUACAUGUGCCCAUGUUGCUUCACACAACAGUCUGUGCAUAGAUGUGAUACCAUAUCUGUUCAUGCUCUUUUUGCACAGAACUACAUAAUCCACAAUAUGGCACAUCUCCAUUCCCCACCCUCCCCCAAAACUCAUCACUGGAAAUAAUUGUCCUGUUUUCACAUUCCUGCCAAAAAUGUUGUUUUCUGUGUGCAGAGGGGGAGAGAGAUAACACUCUUUUAUUUCAGCUAUGCCACUGGAGAAGUGUAUGAAGGGAGCUUUCAGGAUAACAUGCGUCAUGGGCAUGGUCUCCUGCGCAGUGGGAAACUGACAUCUACCUCUCCCAGUAUGUUCAUUGGCCAGUGGGUCAUGGAUAAGAAGACUGGAUAUGGAGUAUUUGACGAUAUCACAAGGUAAAUAGAUUCUGAGCAUUCUAAAAACCUAUGCUAAGUAGUUGCUUAUCCCUCUAGUUUACUUGAAUAAAAUCACUAACAAGAUGACAUGGAAUGCAAUCUAAAACUUGUAUGCCAGCAAUCAAUCACCUGCCUUUGUUUAACUCAUGAGCUAUUGCUUUAACUCAUGAGCUAUUGCUGCAAUCUGCUCCGAUUGUAUAUUUUAUCUUUAUGAGCGCUGUUUUUAUUGUGUUAUGUUAUGUGAGCUGGUCUUUGACCGUAAUAAAUUAUCUCAAUUAUCUCUCACCUGCCUUUGAACUUACUAAUUUAUAUUUUAGCUCAGCGUUCAUGUUUCAUAAACCUUAAUAUAAGUCCUCUUUGGAAAUACUGAAAAGUGUGAUAACAUACAAUUAAAAAUAAUAAUGGCAAACAUACGAAAAUGAUACAUAAACUGCAGUUAAGAUGUACAGUAGUUUGUGCCCUCCCCCCAACCCCAUUAUAGAGCUUUGAUGUGACCCUAAUAAUUGCCAAAAAGGCUUCUCAGCUGGUAGGGUAGUAUGUCUGUUGUUUAGUUGUCAGAGUCUCACAGAACAGGAGAUGGUAUGGUGAGCCUUAUUUCUUAAAAUUUAGAUCGCUUUGGCCCUUAAUCCCUUCUUGUCUCUCUCUUCAGGGGAGAAAAAUAUAUGGGAAUGUGGCAAGAUGACCUUGGCCAGGGCAAUGGUGUUGUGGUUACACAGUUUGGACUGUAUUAUGAAGGAGCCUUUAGCAGCAAUAAAAUGAUGGUGAGUACUGUACAAACCAGUGUCUUAUGGUUGAAGGAGCAUUCCCAGCAGUCCCUAACCUUACUCUGUUUUUUGGUGCUCAACGUAUAAAAAUAAAAAUUCACUCCCUUUUUUCAAAGUAGCGUUUAUGCCAGAUUGGAUCCAGACUACCUGUGAGCAGUUCCUCUCUUGGGGUGCUCCCAAUGGUAGAAGAGCAGAGGAGGCAAUUUUUGCUAGUUACCCCUCCUCUUCCUGCAACCCCCUAUACUCCAAUGAAAAUCUGCUCUGGAGGGUUGGGGGACUGAGGAGGACAGGGCAGAAGGAAAAAGGAAUAGGUGAAAAUUGCCUUCUUCCCUCCUCCACCUUUUUCCAUUGUGAGUCUCCACUGGAUCUCUGCCCUUCCCGCUAAGGACAAGUUUGGAUCCAGCACAUUGACUGUUCUGUAUCUUUGUGUUGCGGCUACUGUAAAAAUAUACAUCUUCCUGCAUUUUUCUUCCCUAAUACUACUCUGUGUUUAUGUGAGCUAUUCAGAACAGGGCUUGUAAUGAUUAUGAUACUGCUUUAUGUAGGGGACUGGUGUCUUGCUUUCUGAAGAUGACACAGUGUAUGAAGGAGAGUUUUCAGAUAAUUGGACUCUUAAUGGAAAGGUUAGUAAAUCAUAUUUUGGGGGAUUGCUUUUUUUUGAGUAGAGCAGUUUUUCAAAAUGAGUCAUUUCAUUCUUUUUUUACUCUCUUCUCUCCCCUCCCCUCCAUCCCUUCUUCAAAGGGAAGACUGACUUUGCCAAAUGGAGACAAUAUUGAAGGUAUUUUCAGUGGCGAGUGGGGAUCUGGGAUAAAGAUUGCUGGAACCUACUUCAAACCCAGUUUGUACGAUCAUGAGAAGGACCGACCCAAAACCCUGUGAGUGAAUGGGAGUUGGCUUCUGUUUAGACUGUAUCGUGUCUUUGUCUGUAGCUAGCCAUGGUACCUGAGCCCUAGCACUGAUUUGAAUGCAAAGUAGGUUGCAGAUCACAGCCUUGUUUGCCCAACUCUAGUUGUUUAUUUCCAGCUCCUCUGCUUGGUUAGGCAAUGGUAAUAGUACAGCAUCAUUGCCAAGUCCUCAUGCGGAUUUCAGAUUUGAGUGGAACACUACAGGUUUUGUCUGAGGUGCUUGGAAGACAAUGGGGUCAAGAGAUACAAUGCUUGUUCUUUAGAAAAGGCUAAAAGUGGUGAAAGUUCUGUAAGUCAUAUGAUAUCUGAGCAGCUGGUGACCAGUGUGAUGAAAGUGAAAACGUAGCAGCUGUAUUUUGGGGGCUGCAAUUGGUCACUGGCACUUAAAGAGUGAGGGCCUCUACCCUUACACAGGCAGUAGAAAUAGAGGUUCCUAUAAACAGAACGUGGGACGCAGGUGGCGCUGUGGUCUAAACCACUGAGCCUCUUGGGCUUGCCGAUCGGAAGGUCGGCAGAUCAAAUCCCCACAACAGGGUGAGCUCCCAUUGCUUGGUCCCAGCUCCUGCCAACCUAGGCACACCAAAAAGUGCAAGUACAGUGGUACCUCUGGUUAUGUACUUAAUUCGUUCCGGAGGUCCGUUCUUAACCUGAAACUGUUCUUAACCUGAAGCACCACUUUAGCUAAUGGGGCCUCCCGCCGCCGUGCGAUAUCUGUUCUCAUCCUGAAGCAAAGUUCUUAACCCAAGGUACUAUUUCUGGGUUAGCGGAGUCUGUAACCUGGAGCAUAUGUAACCCGAGGUACCACUGUAGGUAAAUAGGUACCGCUCUGGCAGGAAGCUAAACGGCAUUUCCGUGCCCUGCUAUGGUUUCGGUGUUCCGUUGCGCCAGAAGCGGCUUAGUCAUACUGGCCACAUGACCUGGGAAAACUGUCUGCAGAUAAACUGCGUAUCCCUCGGCCUGUAAAGCAAGAUGAGCGCUGCAACUCCAGAGUCGUCCACGACUGAACUUAACUUUACCUUUUUAUGUAUAUAUAUAUACAUAAACAGAAAGGGACAUGGGUGGCGCUGUGGGUUAAACCACAGAGCCUAGGACUUGCCGAUCAGAAGGUCGGCGGUUCGAAUCCCUGCAGCGGGGUGAGCUCCCGUUGUUCAGUCCCUGCUCCUGCCAACCUAGCAGUCCGAAAGCACGUCAAAGUGCAAGUAGAUAAAUAGGUACCGCUCUGGCGGGAAGGUAAACGGCGUUUCUGUGCGCUGCUCUGGUUUGCCAGAAGCGGUUUAGUCAUGCUGGCCACAUGACCCGGAAGCUGUACGCCAGCUCCCUCGGCCAAUAAAGCGAGAUGAGCACUGCAAUCCCAGAGUCAGUCACGACUGGACCUAAUCGUCAGGGGUCCCUUUACGUUUACCUUUACAUAAACACAACUGGAAAUGCAUCUGUGCAGUGGUUGGACUGCACAGCCCAUUUUGAUUCAUAAUGGAUGUUUUCAGGCAUUUUUAUAAGUCAUCGGAGAGAUGCUGUUGGGGAAUAGGUGCCUGUCAGACUUGUGCAACAGUACAUGAUUGUCAUCUCUGAAGAACACUGGUGUGGCUGUCAGUUUUAAGUCAUACAGUACCCAUUAUACAUAGCUGUGGCUGUUUUUAAAUUGUUAAACAAAAUGUAUGUCUAUUUUAUAUUUAUGGACAGCAUAAGACUUUAUUUCUCCCCGCCUCGCCCGCUUUGGCUUUUAUUUAUGAUGCUGUUAAUUACUUUUGACAUCACUGAUGCUCAAAUCUGACUGUGAGUCAGGCUUUCCUGCCAAACUUAGCAAACUUCUUAGGGAGCUGCUUUUUACCUCACUAGGGGGUCUAUGAAUAAAUGUAUGCAGGUGCCUCUGAAGCAAGGAUUGUUGGCUGUCUUAAGUUCAGAAUUUAUUGCUUGAUUUUUUUCUAAGAAAUAGUUAAUGCUGCUCACUUGUCUAAUGCAGCACAGAGAGAAUCAGAUUCUCUGCUUUUAAGCAAAGGCCUUGAAGUUACCGUAAGUUAUUAUUAAAAUAAUGCUUCUGGUCUUCAUCCCACAAUCCUUUGAUCCUUACCACCUCAUCUUUUCAGCUUGGGCACUAUUAACUGUCCUGGUUAUUGAUAUAAUAAAUAACAAUUCAUUUAUGAAUCAUCUCCCAUGAAACGCCCCCAAGUGAUGGACAAUAAAAACCAUUUCAGCAAUUGUCAGACGGUCCAACAUUAGCUAAUGUGUCUUAUUAAUUAACAGCAAGCUUGAGAUGUUGAAGAGUGGGGGGGGGGGAUGUUUCUGCCCUGCUCCACCCCAUAAUGUUCUAGAUCUGCAUGCUCUUAGGAGAAAUUUCUGGUCCGCACAUCUCUUAAGGCGUUUCAUUGAGAAUUGCGAUUCUUGUGGUUAAAAUGUCCCCAGGCGGAAGCUUGGAAACCUUGCUGUUCCUGCUGAUGAAAAAUGGAAGGCGGUGUUUGAGGAAUGCUGGCAUCAGCUAGGCUGUGAGCAACCAGGCCAAGGGGACAGGUGGAAAGCUUGGGAUAACAUUGCUGUUGCCCUGACAACCAAUCGGCGUCAACACAAAGACAGGUUAGUGGUGAGGGACACUUGUACUUCAGGAAACAGCAGAAAAAAAUAUCAAGUGAAGUUCGGCCAUCAUUUUAAAUUUACAUUAAGAUUUUUAAAAACGGCUUACUGGAAGUUUGCUAUGGAUAUAUAUUGUAAUAUAUGUAGUAUCACAGCAUUUGUGUACAUUUAAAAAAAGUGUACAUGUAAAAAAUCUGCCAUUUUGUGUGUGGAAACUUCAGCAAUUCUAGUGUUUUAUGAAUCUAUUAGGUACUGACAGAAUGUUAGUGUGGUGGCAAGAGCCUUUAGUUAGCAUAGUUGAUCACAUACUGCCCAGGAUUAUUUUUAAAUUAGUAAAUUAUAGGAAAAAAUUCUUAAGAGAGAAGAUGGAUGUAAAAAAGGAGGAAAUGUUUCAGAGCAGAUAUGAAGGUUUUCAGCAGGUUAGAACAAAUGGCUAGAAAGAGCUAUUCCAAUUGGCAAGAAUUAAGGGCAAGUACAUUAUACAGUGGCAUACUUUAAAUAGGGAAGGGUGAUAUCCACAUGAGCAGCCCUGUGACAGAAGCAGAAAAGUAUUAUUUUUGUACACUUAAGAAAAUCUGUACCUUGUGGGAUAUUAGGAAACAAUAGUGUAGUUAUUGGACAGAGAGGAAGGAAUGAGUGUGGCAAAUUUAAUGGGUACUGUAAUAUUAAGAUGACAGAAAGAGCUAGUAUAAUUUAUUGCAUUUUUCAGUAUCUCUGGUUUUCAGGAUUUGUAAUUAUUUUUCUUUUCUCAUGUGUGUUUUUAGGCUUACUUAUUAUUUAGCUCUUUACAGUUGGUUGGUUUGUAGCUACUUGACCCAUGUGUGUUUCCUAUAUAGCUUAUAACUAUAUCGCUUCCAUUGUUGCAGCCCAGAACUGUUAAGUAGAUCUCAUGCGCAAACUUUGGAGAGCUUGGAGUUCAUUCCAAAACACGUUGGUGCCUUCACACUCGAAAAAUACGACAACAUUAAGAAAUAUCUCAUAAAGGUAUUGUGACUGUUGUUAAAUAAGUUCUUAUCUAUAAGCUGCGACACAAGCAGGGAACACACUGUGUUCAGUAAACGGGACCUGCAUGCAUUCCUACUAUAAAGUGAGGAUUUUUUCCACAAAUAAUAAAUUUAUAAGAGCACUAUUUCCAGUUCUCCCCCCAGGUCUGCUAUAAACUCCUACAGAUUGCAGUCUUUGGUAUAAUUUCCAGAUGAUACUAGAGCAGAGGUCAGCAAACUUUUUCAGCCGGGGGCCGGUCCACUGUCCCUCAGACCUUGUGAGGGGCCGGACUAUAUUUUAAAGAAAAAUAAUGAACAAAUUCCUAUGCCCUCAAAUAACCCAGAGAUGCAUUUUAAAUAAAAGCACACAUUCUGUGCAUGUAAAAACACCAGGCAGGCCCCACAAAUAAUCCAGAGAUGCAUUUUAAAUAAAAAGACACAUUCUACUCAUAUAAAAACACGCUGAUUCCCGGACCGUCUGCGGGCCAGAUUUAGAAGGAGAUUGGGCCGGAUCCGGCCCCCCGGCCUUAGUUUGCCUACCCAUGUACUAGACUAGAGCAUUGAUAUUGUAAUAAUAAUAAUAAUAAAAUAAAAUUUAUUUAUACCCCGCCCUCCCCAGCUAAGGCCGGGCUCAGGGCAGCUAACAAGCAAUAAUAAAAACAAGUUGAAUGAAUACAACUUAAAAACAAGAUUAAAAUACAUUGAAACAUUGAAACAUUAAAAUGCAGCCUCAUCACAGGAGGAGAAAGGGGAAAAGAUAGAGGGCGAGGGAAUCAAAUUGACUCCAAGCCAAAGGCCAGGCGGAACAACUCUGUCUUACAGGCCCUGCAGAAAGAAAUCAGAUCCUGUAGGGCCCUGGUCUCAUGAGACAGAGCGUUCCACCAGGCGAGAGCCAGUGUUGAAAAAGCCCUGGCUCUGGUUGAGGCUAAUCUAACUGUACUCUAAUAUUGUAGAGUAAAUGUUCUUCUUUUCUAUAAGAUGGGUAAGGUAAAGGUAAAGGGACCCCUGACCGUUAGGUCCAGUCGUGACCAACUCUGGGGUUGCGGUGCUCAUCUCGCUUUAUUGGCCGAGGGAGCCGGCGUACAGCUUCCGGGUCCUGUGGCCAGCAUGACUAAGCCGCUUCUGGUGAAUCAGAGCAGCGCACGGAAACGCCGUUUACCUUCCCGCCGGAGCGGUACCUAUUUAUCUACUUGCACUUCAAUGUGCUUUUGAACUGCCAGGUGGGCAGGAGCAGGGACCGAGCAAUGGGAGCUCACCCCGUCGCGGGGAUUCGAACCGCCGACCUUCUGAUCGGCAAGUCCUAGGCUCUGUGGUUUAACCCACAGCGCCACCCGCGUCCCAUAAGAUGGGUAGGUUAUGUAUAUUGUUUGAACAGCCAUUGCUUUAAACAAAGAGCCUUAAAUAAAUAUGAGUGUUGCAAUCAAGACUCUGCUUCUUUAUGUAGCCGCCUAAUUCUCUGACCCUUUUCUUUUUAGGCGUGUGAUACUCCCCUGCAUCCUUUGGGGAAACUUGUUGAGACCCUAGUUGCUGUAUAUCGAAUGACAUAUGUAGGCGUGGGAGCUAAUCGGCGGCUGUUGCAGGAAGCAGUCAGGGAAAUUAAAUCCUACCUCAAACGCAUCUUCCAGCUAGUCAGGUAAGAAAAAAACCAGUGAACUUUGUCUCUCAUUUAGUGUAAAACCUUUAUACUUCCACCUUUCUCUUUUAACAAACAUGCAUAAAGAAAUGCAUUUGUGCAGAAAAGCUGAUCAUCCAGCAGCUGUUGAAUUGUUGCUAGGUUCCCCUGCAAGAAAGAAAAACGAAGAGAAUUAUUUGAAGAGAAUUAUAUUUGAAAAAAUGGUUGCAAACCUUGUUAAGAAUUUUUGACACAGUUUGGUGAGUUGUGGUUAAUUUUACACGUGUUUUGAUUUUAAGGUUCCUGUUCCCUGAUCUUCCUGAAGAAGGCAGUUCAAUCCCACUUUUGGUGACUGAGACCAAAGGAAGGAGAUCAUUCUGUAGUGGGAAAAAUGACUCCAGGCCAGAAUCUCCGGAACCAGGGUAUGUAGAUAAAAAUCUGUUUAGAAUGCUUGACAAGGGGUGGUAGGAUCGGGGAGGAAGCUCUCCAUAUCUGCUCCUUCUCUGAUCAGUGGCUGGGGCGAGACUAGUCCUCCCUUUGCUGUGGUGAUAUUCCUGAGCUCAGUGUGUACAUGUGCACACCUCAUAGUGUCAGUUGUUCCUCACAUACAAAUAUGGAACACAAUUGUUCCAUAUUUAGGGGCUGUGAUGUCAUCCAACAAGGACAGACAUUUAAGCUGCUCAGGAGCUUAAGACCUGAACAGGGGAUUGCUCUUUGUGGAAAAAGGAGCAGAGUUUGGGGAGUGAAUUUCCUAUCACACCCACCCACCUUUCCUUGGACUGGUUGCCUUUCUUCUUCAACAUGUGUUGUUGAUAGGACAGGUUGGUAAUUAUCUAGGGGACGAGGGUUCAACAAGAAAGACCUGGUUAUGUUUAGAAUGAUACCGCAUAGACAAAUGUUCCCUGAUACCAAGAUGAGGGAUUCGUUGGAAUGCAGAUAGAGAGAAUUGAUAAGAAUAAAUGAUCUGUUGUGACCUUGACGGAAGUGUACAAUAGAUGAGCCUUCUUGUUUUGGCUCAUCUUCCUCUCUUUCCCCCCCUUCUUUUUUCCUUUUUUUCCCUUUUUUAUUUCUUUUUCUUUCCCCCCCUCAUUCUUCUUCUUCUUCUUUCCUUUUUCUUUUUUCUUUCCCAUAAUGGCUUAUGUUUUACGCCAUGUACUUUGAUAUUUUUUGUAGAUUUUUAGCUUUUUUCAUUAUUAUUAUUAUUAUUACUAAAAAAUCUUCUUUUGUAAUUUUGGUUGUCUAUAUUUAUAUGUAUUUGUGUCAGGGAACUGCCAUCGGCUCAGGGGGGAGAGGGGAAAAGCCGGAUGGAUUACAGAGAGCCCCCAAAGAUCGUGGGAAGCAGCUCCUCCUCCACGGAGGAGGGUAACCACGCCUCCAGUGGAGAGGAGCUUCAGGGCUCGGAGGAGGCGAGGCGGUGCCAGGACACCUUGCCUGGGCAGGGAGGAGAGAGGUCCUCCAUUACCCACACCCUCCUUGCCCAGUAGCCUUCCGCGCCGAGCGGGGAGGUGCAGACUGGGUGUCAAGAAACUACUCUGCUGGGGAAGGUUUAAGGACUCACGGAUUCUGCCAGGAAUGAGCCAGCCACGGGAGAGUUUAUUUUGGCAUCAAAAGCGAGGCUUCACAGCCGAAGAGGGAGGCAUUUGCCUGCUUGCUCUCGAGCAACCCCUUGGAACCCCAACAAUUUGUUUAAAGCAAAAUAAAAGUAUUUUAAAAAAAGGAAAAAGAAGAUAGGACAGGUUGAGGAGAGCCGAGCCAUAUAAUAAAGAUUUCUGUGAGCUGCCCCUCGUUCAUCCAAAGCUCUUCCUUCAUUUUGUGUUUUUCAGCUAUGUGGUCACAAGCUCUGGGUUGCUGCUUCCUGUGUUGCUACCGCGACUCUACCCUCCUUUAUUCAUGCUGUACGCCUUAGACAAUGAGCGAGAGGAAGAUGUUUACUGGGAGUGUGUCCUGCGUCUGAACAAACAACCAGACAUGGCUCUGUUGAGCUUUUUGGGGGUGCAAAUGUAAGCAUGCUUCAGUUUCUCCUGGCUAGAGAAUGCAGUACAGUGGUACCUCGGGUUAAGUACUUAAUUAGUUCUGGAGGUCCGUUCUUAACCUGAAACUGUUCUUAACCUGAAGCACCACUUUAGCUAAUGGGGCCUCCUGCUGCUGCCGGAGCACGAUUUCUGUUCUCAUCCUGAAGCAAAGUUCUUAACCCGAGGUACUAUUUCUGGGUUAGUGGAGUCUGUAACCUGAAGCGUAUGUAACCCGAGGUACCGCUGUACUUAUUUCCUGUUUGUUACUGUCGGGGGAUUAAUUGUCACCUCUCAUAAAGGAGAUUUUGGACACGGGUGGCGCUGUGGGUUAAACCACAGAGCCUAGGACUUGCCGAUCAGAAGGUUGGCGGUUUGAAUACCCGCGACGGGGUGAGCUUCCGUUGCUCGGUCCCUGCUCCUGCCAGCCUAGUAGUUCGAAAGCACCUCAAAGUGCAAGUAGAUAAAUAGGUACCGCUCCGGCGGGAAGGUAAACGGCGUUUCCAUGCGCUGCUCUGGUUUGCCAGAAGCAGCUUAGUCAUGCUGGCCACAUGACCCGGAAGCUGUAUGCCGGCUCCCUCAGCCAAUAAAGCGAGAUGAGCGCCGCAACCCCAGAGUUGGUCACGACUGGACCUAAUGGUCAGGGGUCCCUUUACCUUUACCUUACCCAUCUUAUAGAAAAGAAGAACAUUUACUCUACAAUAUUAGAGUACAGUUAGAUUAGCCUCAACCAGAGCCAGGGCUUUUUCAACACUGGCUCUCGCCUGGUGGAACGCUCUGUCUCAUGAGACCAGGGCCCUACAGGAUCUGAUUUCUUUCUGCAGGGCCUGUAAGACAGAGUUGUUCCGCCUGGUUUGCCAGAAGCAGCUUAGUCAUGCUGGCCACAUGACCCGGAACCUGUAUGCCGGCUCCCUCGGCCAAUAAAGCGAGAUGAGCGCCGCAACCCCAGAGUCGGUCACGACUGGACUUAAUGGUCAGGGGUCCCUUUACCUUUAUAAAGGAGAUUUAGAGCUCUCCAAAGUCUUUUGGGCAGAAGGCUGAGAUUUCCUUGCUCCGCUGGUUUUCAUAUGGCCAAGCCACAAAGAAAUUUGCAUUCUUCACAUAACUCAUCUUUGCUCUUAAGCCAGCCUUCCCCAACCUGGUGUCCUCCCAGAUGUUUCAGACAGCAACUCCCAGCAGCAUCAGUGGAAGUUCCAAUCCAAUGGCAUCUGGAGGGCACCAGGUCCAGGAAGCUUGCAUUAAGAUGAGCCAGAAAGUUUUUGCUUUGAUCCCCUCAUUUGACUGAUCCAGAUAUAUGAGGAAAUUCCACUAUGCUAAGAACCUGAAACCUCAGUUAUAUAUUUGUAAGGAAGUGUGUUAGAAAACAAAUUCUUUUGUUUAACAUCCUUUCUUCCAUGACUGGAAAAUAAUUAACUAUACUCAUGGUACUUCUUUCAGGAAAUUUUGGCCAACGAAAACCUGCAUUCUUGGUGAAAAUAGAAAGGUAUGUUAUAUUUCAUCUGGAGUUCUCUUAACUGCAUAUCUUUGAUAGCCUUUGAAAUAAAGCUAGACUGCAGUCACUGUGUGUGUCAGUUUUAAUACAUUGCUGUUUUGGUUAGCACUUGACAUUUAUAUGUCCAAUCGUUUUUACAGUUUACAGUGUACAGUUCUUCUAGAUGCAUGGCUCCAAGGACAUGUAAUAUUUAUCGUUAUCUUUCCUGUCGUUAUUUCACAAGUGAUUUUUUAAAAUGAUCUCCAAAUCAUUGCUUCAUUAAAAGAUACAGUACAAUCUAAUUAUUCAUUGAUUUGGGUGGAGGCUUUCUGUGGUUUCCUUUUAGAUGUUCAUAUUCUGCAUGUGGUUAUGUUGCACUUUUUCUAUUAAAGCAAAAGCAAUAAUCCUUCCAUAUGGAAUUUAUAAAGUGCAGGUGUCCAGUUGGUACAUUCUGCACGCCAGAGGCAGGCCACGGUGUUGUUGCUAAUCAGGGGAAAAGUGAGAAAACUUCGCAUUUUGCAGACUAGGCGCCUUUGUGCCAGCACAGCCUGAUGAUAUCAUUUUGUGCCCAUCCUGACUGCUAGCAUCUAUAGAGCACAAGUGUGCAACCAUGAUGAAGCUGAGAUUUUUGGACAUGGCUCAGAAAGAACAGGGCAGCAGCAUGUCACCAACUUGAUAUUCCCAGCCACAGUUAUGUCUUGGCUUGGUUCUCAUAAAGUGGGGACCCAAAGUAUUUUGUAAGAUGAUAAUAUUCACUGAAGGAUUUUGAGAGUUGCAUUGCUCAAGCGCAGAUGUCUAUCACUAACUAGAUAAUUGUUCAAGUUGACCCUCUUCUUUCAUUUUAAUUGAUCAAAUUUACACAUGACAGAAUCACAGCUUUAAUUCUCUUUUUAAUAUAGUGACGAUAUAGAAGUAAGGAUGAGCAGAGCAAUCAAACUCCCUGUCAAUUUUGCAUGUGUUCAUUCAUAAGUCUGUUCUGUCUUGUUUUCACGUUACGCAAAUUUUUAAAACCCCCCACAAACAAUCCGUUUGAAUACAGUACAUAUUUUAUCAUAAAAUAAAAAUUUAAAAAUUCUCACAAUGUACCCAUGGCUAAAAUCUAUUUUAUCCUAACCUAUGCAUGUGAAACUGGGACGCAGGUGGCACUGUGGGUUAAACCACAGAGCCUAAGACUUGCCGAUCAGAAGGUCGGCGGUUUGAAUCCCCGUGAUGGGGUGAGCUCCCAUUGGUCAGUCCCUGCUCCUGCCCACCUAACAGUUUGAAAGCACAUCAAAGUGCAAGUAGAUAAAUAGGUACCACUCUGGCGGGAAGGUAAACGGCGUUUCCGUGCGCUGCUCUGGUUUGCCAGAAGCGGCUUAGUCAUGCUGAACACAUGACCCGGAAGCUGUACGCCGGCUCCCUCGGCCAAUAAAGCGAGAUGAGCGCCGCAACCCCAGAGUCGGCCACGACUGGACCUAAUAGUCAGGGGUCCCUUUACCCUUUUUAUGCAUGUGAAAACACUCCCCUCCCCCCGAAACCAAGAAUUGAGUAGCUAAAUUCAGAGGUGUUCAGAAUUGAAACUUUACUUAUGUCACAUAUAAUAACAUUCUAAUCGGAACAUUAAUCUGGGAGGUGAGGAUCGGGUCUGUUUGCACUGCAGUUCACAGAAAUCAAAUUCCUCAAGCAUCCCUAAAUGUAAGACAAACUAAAGCAUAAAGCUCACAGCCCUGAUGUGCACUGUUGAAAAUAUAGUCCCCCCCCCCCCAUUUGAAGUAGCCUUCUCUAAACUGGAAGUCAUGCAGAAACUGAACUAUUGUGGUGCUCUAGAAGUUAAGAUUUAUUGCGGUCUUAAUCCAGCAUCUCUGAUUACUUCUGAAAUUGGUGUGAUGAAUUAUUCUAUCCAAUACGCUGUUAGAAAUCAUAAUCAUAGGUUUUCAUUCUUAUGCUUAGGUAUUGCCAAAUACAAAAGAUGCCUGUUUUGCUUCAGCAGUGGAGUGCUUACAGCAGAUCAGGUAAUCUUGAACAUUGACUCUUUAUUGCCCUGUCUUUUAGUCCUAGUCAGUAGCACUACUUCCACUUGGUAAUCUGAGGAUUCUGGUCUUAGGCUUUGGUGGUAACACAUUUGUUGGAAGCAAGCCCCAUUGUGAGGGACGCGGGUGGCGCUGUGGGUUAAACCACAGAGCCUAGGACUUGCCGAUCAGAAGGUCGGCAGUUUGAAUCCCCACGACGGGGUGAGCUCCCGUUGCUCAGUCCCUGCUCCUGUUCGAAAGCACGUCAAAGUGCAAGUAGAUAAAUAGGUACCGCUCCGGCAGGAAGGUAAACGGUGUUUCCGUGCGCUGCUCUGGUUCGCCAGAAGCGGCUUAGUCAUGCUGGCCACAUGACCUGGAAGCUGCAUGCCGGCUCCCUCGGCCAAUAAAGCGAGAUGAGCGCCGCAACCCCAGAGUCGGCCACGACUGGACCUAACGGUCAGGGGUCCCUUUACCUUUACCUUUAAGCCCCAUUGUACACAGAGAGACUUGCUGCCGAGUGAGCUCGAAGCAUAUAAUGUAUCACAAUUUAAUGUGUCACUGUGUAGAGCAGCCUUCUCCAACUGGAGCCCUCUGGAUAUUUUGGACUGCCACUUCCAACAUCCCUGAUCAUUGGCCACUACGGAUAAGGUUGAUGGGAGUUGUAGUCCAAAGCAUAUGAAAAGCACCAGAGUUUUGUUCUUCAGCCUAUUUCUUGCUUUCAUUUAUGUGCCAAAUUAAAAGGUGCAGUUCUCUUGUAUUGGCUUUUUGACCGCUUCAUCUCUGUAUAGGUAAAUCCUUUGUCUGCAUCAAGGUAUCAGAAACUACUGUUUUCUUCAAAGUGGAAACUUGGGUUGUGUGUUUGAUUUUCUUCUUAGAGAAUGGGGUAAAACUGAAUUCACUCGCAACUAUUUUACUGCCUUAUUGAAAUCUUUCAAGAAUUUGCCUUGCCAGCAUCACAAAUGCUUUAAUUUUGCCUUUUUAAAAAAAAUGUCUUCCUAAUAGUACAACUUUUACACCUGCUGACAAACUGAAGGUGAUCCAGCAGACUUUUGAGGAGAUCUCACAGAGCGUCCUUGAGAGUCUUCAUGAGGAUUUCCUUUGGUCGAUGGAUGAUUUGUUUCCUGUUUUUCUGUAUGUGGUGCUACGAGCCAGGUGGGCAACUGUUUAAUUUUUGCAAAUGCAGUGAAUCUUGUCAUUUGCAAUUGCAAUGAAUACUCAUAGAAUUGUAGAAUUGGAAGGGACCACGAGGGACAUCUAGUCCAAACCCCUGUACUGCAGGAAUCUUUUGCCCAAAGUCGGGCUCUGACUCAUGACCCUGAGAUUAAGAAUCUCAUGCUCUGGCAACUGAGCCAAGAUAGGUGAAAUGCUUAAUUAAACAAAGUUCUGGAUCUAAGUGGACUAAAUCAAUGUGUCCCACUCACAUUUUAUUGAUUACAUGGGGCUGAGAUAACACCACUGUUGGCUCUGAUCCAGUGGCAGUAGCACAAUACUUCUUCAUCUGUUACAUGAGGGGGGAUAUACCUUUGCUCUGGGGAAUAGCUAUCUUGUUACCCUGCCUUUUGUAUUUCAGUGGUGAUAGGUGGGUGGCGUAUGGGACGUGGGUGGCACUGUGGGUUAAACCACGGAGCCUAGGACUUGCCAAUCAGAAAGUCGGCGGUUCGAAUCCCCGCGACGGGGUGAGCUCCCGUCGCUCGGUCCCUGCUCCUGCCAACCUAGCAGUUCGAAAGCACGUCAAAGUGCAAGUAGAUAAAUAGGUACCGCUCCGGCGGGAAGGUAAAUGGCGUUUCUGUGCGCUGCUCUGGUUCGCCAGAAGCGGCUUAGUCAUGCUGGCCACAUGACCCAAAAGCUGUAUGCCGGCUCCCUCGGCCAAUAAAGCGAGAUGAACGCCGCAACUCCAGAGUCGGCCACGACUGGACCUAAUGGUCAGGGGUCCCUUUACCUUUACUUUAGGUGUGCACUCUGUACUCUUGGUGAAGUCUUGUAAAAUAGUGGCUGGUUGAUUUAAACAGCUGUUCCCUUUUUGUGGCAGGAUCAGGAAUUUGGGUUCUGAAGUGCAUUUGAUUGAGGACCUCAUGGAUCCAUAUCUCCAACAUGGGGAGCAAGGCAUUAUGUUCACUACUCUGAAGGCAAGCCUAUAAAUAAUAUCCUUAUUUAAGAUAUUGUUUAUUUAUUUAUUUUCUGUAUACACCAUUUAUAUUUAGACUUGUUUGAACUAUCAAUCGGAUCUCUCACCUGCUUUGAUUGCAAAUACAACGUUCUUACCUUUAGUCCUUAAUCUUUGUAAUCAGCAGUAGCUGCUAACUAGGAAAUCUGAAAACCACAAAGCUGUGCUAACUUGCUGAUAACUGAUUUUAUUGGUAAUAUUGUAUUUCAUGUAAACACCUUAAAGGUUUUGAUGAUUAAGAUGUAUAUAAAUCCUGUUAAAUAAAAAUAAUAAAGUAGCUCAACCCACAUAAUCCAACCCACAUAAAAGAAUGCUAAUUGUCAUUUUUUUAAAAAACCUUAUUUGCAGGCAUGUUAUUACCAGAUUCAACACGAGAAGCUCACCUAAACAAUUCACCUAAAUAUAGAAGACACCGAUGAACACAGCUUUAGUCUUCUUCACAGAAAUGCACUUACGAUGGACUGAGAAUCUUUAUGCGGUGGAUGCAGUUCUGAGGCCUUUAAAAAAGAGAAAAAGCAGAGGCCAAUAUCAGUGGAGGAAAAGAAAAUCUAUAAGAAGCAAAAAUAAGGUUUUCAAGGCAGCUCUCGGAGAAAAAAUAUUUGCCCUUCAAAGUGGCGAAGUGUUUUUUCCCAUCUCUUCACAAAAGCAAUGGGUAGUGUGGCAUCUACAUGGAAUUCAUAUAAAAGCAUAGUCCGGAAAUAUGUUGCUUGUUAUUCUGAAGAGACUGUCUGAGCUUCCUGAGGAUUGAAGUGCACUAUGGAACCACACAGUGUCUUUCUAAGUUAAACUCCCUGGGUCUGCGUAUCCACUAAGAUCUGUCUACAGAACUCAUGGCUUUCCUACUUCUGAUCCAUGGCAAUCCAAGACUGGCAAUCCAAGACUUAAGAUGUACUGAAUGUACAAUUCAUGUGACUGGAGCAGUUUCAUUACACAGAUUGCAGAAGGCUAGCAAUGUGGUCUGUCGGAAUAAGUAUAUGCUUGGUCAUGCCUGAGAUGUUGGCUUAGUAUGCAGGGACCUAGAGUACCUGGAAGGAAACACUUUUUUUUUUGUUCAAAUGUUAUUUUUUUGUUGAAGUAUUGUUUAAAGAAGAGAGCCACAAAACAUUCAUGCCCUUGUUCUUGUGACUUUUCCUUUGGUGUAUGUGGAUAAUGUUAGCUGACAUCUUGGAUAAAACAGGUGCUGUCCUUCACUAUGUCUGUCACAGAUGUGGGAGAUAUGAAAAAUAUUCUAGUUGAAUUAACAAGUUAAUACAGACAAUGCCGAUAACUUCUGGAAAUCUGAAUCAUGGCUUUUGUGUAGCUCCUUUAUUUAAAAAAAAUAUAUGGUGGGAUCAGUGGCUGUAAAUGGAGCAAUUUUCAUAAUAAAGAAUAAUUCUGUGA